AACUUGAAUUGAGGCCCCCUGGUGGUCCUUCCACCACACUCUCAGACACCCUAAUCCAAACACCCAUUUCAUACCCACCGUGGUCCUUGACCCUUUCCACCCCACCCAAAACCCCAUUGAUGAACAAUAAGCAUCCAGUAAAGUUACAGUGGCUGUGUGCUGGUAUUUAUGCCAGACUGCAGCUCACUGGAACCCCCUCCGCCCCGCAGAUUAUCGGACCAAACCAUUGCAGCAUUUCAGGUUUUAGCACCUGUCACAUGAGGCUUUACAUUUGCAAACCAGCGGCUAUCAUCCCAGUGUAGCACAUUCCCUUGGCUUUACUGCAGCAGCUUAUGUGAGUGUGCCUUCCUGCUAACGCUGCCACAGUGCAGCUCUCGGUGACAUGAGCUGCCAAACCGCACCGACACCCCUACAGUGCGACUGGCAGCAUCACCCACUGCCUGCAAUGGCGUUGUAGCGGCUCCAGUGUGUCCAAGCCUUUCUGUAGUGGCGACCUGGUCCCGGACUAUUCACGAGCGUGGGAGAGAUAAGCAUUGUUUUUGAAAGGUUUUGCAUCGAGAGCAUCCAUAUUUCCAAUGAGUUCGCCCUCUGGAUUACUGUUUAUUUGUCUCACGCGUCAAACCAAGCCGGAGCCAUGAAUGUAAGUCUUUUGUUUUUGUUACAUUGGGGCAACAUCGCUGUGGUUUGUGAUUGACUGUUAACUUCACAGAGGAAAUCGAUGCUUUAAAUUCAAGCCUCUUUGUGAAUCCGCAUUAGAGGUAAGGCGUAAAUGAAAGCAUGUGUAUUAGUGUCAGAAAAGGGGAAACCUGAGCUGUCAUGUUGUGUUCGGUGAGGCUGAUGUGCGGCUCUGUGCCUGUCUGUCUCACCCCACUGACACAAUGUUAAAUCCUCAAUUUCAUUUUUAACCUUUAACUUUAUUCUUUUGUGUAAUAUCCAGUAAAGGGUGUUCCUCAAGCUUAAAUGAAUAAAUAUUUGCACAAGGAUCUCUCUUUGGUGUUAUUAUGGACCGGCAAGUGUCCAGCGUGGUGAAUAAUGAAUACUGAAGCAGGACAUGUAGGUUUCAGCCACUGCUGCUACUGCUGCAUCCAUAGGCUACCAUCCAGGCUGUGGGCUUCAGCACAACUUAGACUAAUGGAUUCUGUGUGUCCCAGAUGAUUGUUGUUUUCAUAUCAGCUUUAUUGUGUUGCACUUCAUCCUUCUUUUUAUGCAAUGCAUUUGCAAACAGGAUAAAACAUUCAUAGCUCAGCUGUGUGGAUUAUUUAACUACUUCCCUGCUCUAACUCAGUGAAAUUGUAAUAAAAGAGAAAGAAAUCUUCCAGCUGAGGAAACGCUUUGAAUUUUUGCCCCUGAGCUGCACACAAGUCAAUUUUCAGCAUUCAAUCACAUUUUCUCUGUGCUGUAAAGGUUGUAACCACCACGAUAUGCUUCGUCUGAAGGCUGGCAUUUACCUCCAUAAUGUCAUUGAUGGUUUUGAGAGCUGCAGGAUGUGGCAGUGUACGAGGCUAACAUAGUAAACAGAGGGAGUGGGAGAGGGAACGGCAAGAAGACAGGGGGAACAAAAACAACAAUAAUCCUUACAGUCUAGCACAGUUAGUUAAACAGACAGAGCUCAAAUACGCUGAUGUCCACAGUGAGUAUUGAUUGGAGAGGGUAAAACAGUACAGCAGUGCUGAAAAGGCAACAUCAUCAGAGUGCUUUGGGAGUCAAACAGGCUUUCAAAACUGGUCCCAUUUUUAGCAAGAUCUUUCCAUCUGUCAGUAUUUGGCUUCAAUGAUUCUGUUUAUGUUUGUUGCUGAAGGCCAAUAUAAUCCAUACUCACCUGCUUUUGUAGCACAGAGGUAUGAUAUUUUUUGGUCUGCAUGUUUGCAUCUGACAAAUCCGCAUUACAGAAUGAUUUUGUCUUCUCAUAGCAUCUCUUCUGAUCUCUGCAGGUGUGAACGAGCCUACAGGAGCUUUAUCAUCAGCUGGAUCAGAUUAGGCAGCGCUGCGGUAGGUCAAACUAGAUUUUUAGCUCCCACUUUCUAAUGAGGCCACGGCGAUGCUGACAUCCCCUCUGAAUCCAAAGACCACAUCAUGCUGAAGACGGAGGCCUCGGGGGAGAGGACCUGCCUGCGAAGUGCCUCCCCCCACCGCAAUGCCUACCGGGCCGAGUUUCAGGCCCUCAAGAAGGCCUUUGAUCAGCCUCGGAUCGAUGGAGACUCCAAGCCCAAAGAUCUGGAGAGGGUCAAGCAACCGAGGGGCCGCCAGUAUGGCAGCCACGUCAGCCGCAUUAAGGACAUGUUUAUGCAGAUGGGCUCGGAGAACGCGGCACCCAAGACGAAAGUUUGUGAUGAUUCCUCGCCACAGAAACUUGUCAAGCCUACCAACUUCGUAAACAAGGCUGACGGGUCGGUGAUCAAACUCCAGCACUCCUCAUCAUCUGACAGGGUGGCAGGCGCCGGAGCAAAGUUCUCUGAGACCAGGAAGCUGUUUGAGCAGCACUCACGAGACCAGUCCCAAUCGCCGGUCUUUCCAUUAGGGCGAGAUAAACGCGGUUCCCAUGAGCACCUGGAUGACUGGCGGGGUGCAAGGUCUAAUCGAGGUAGUACAGACUCCUUGGACUCGCUUUGCUCCAGAACAGAGGCGUCCUCGCCAACUGUUAGUCAGCUGAGUGCUGUUUUUGAAAAUGCCGACCAACACAACCAGGGUCCUCACUAUAGAGGGGUCAGCAGACGGGCUCUUUACUCACCGGAUGGUUUCCAUCGGCAUGGAGGCGACGUUAGUGAGGAUGACUCACGGCAGUCUCCGGUUCGUGGCUAUCGGACAAGAGUAGGGGGAAAGUUUCCAACGUCCUCUUCAGCUGAAGACCUUCUGUGCCCCAGUCCAGGCAGGGAGACGUCUGAGCUCAAAGCAUCAAAAGAGGACAAAACCCAAGACAAAACAAACAAGGUUGAGACUGCAAGCCAGGAUAAACACCAUGUCAAUGGAAGCCAGGUGAAUGGUUCAUGUGAAGAAGACGAGAAACCAUCAGAAACUAGUAAACCUACUGGGGAUCAAGGGCUAACCAAACCUUCAAAACCCUCAGAUAAUGCUGCGAUUACCAAUAAAUCUUUUGAAGAUGCAACCCCUGAGCCACUGCCAACCCCAGCUACACCAGACAGGGUGAGCCAGGAGGACGGUUCCAGAGAAGACAAGUCAUCUGAGUCUCCCAAGGAUGAAGUCGAGGAACCAGACGAGGAAUACGCCGGGAACGAGCGAGUGAUUUUUAACGCAGACGGAGAUGCGUGUUACCAGGGCUGGGGGGAAAGCUGCACCGAUGCUGAGGACGACCUCUACGGAGAUGAUGAGGAUAUAGUCUACGACCCCGGCUCUGACCUGACAGAGAUCCCAGGUUUACCAGAGGAAAAACAAGAGGACAUCCCGCCAAAGAGGAAGAUCCGCUUUAGCACAUCUCCCAUCACAGUAAGUUGAAUGCCGAGCAAACCUGUGUGUAAACUCACUGAACAAAAUCCAACAUAAAAGCUCUUGUGCUGCUCUUAUCAGAAGUAGGUUAAAACAACAGAGAGCUGAUAUCAUAUUCAGAGCUUUAUUUUUGAACUGAAAGUUGCGGUUAGCUUUUUUAGUUUUCACUUUCAUUUUUACAACCAUGAUGAAAUGAUCUUUGGAAGACUUGUAAGACUUUUAAAGCCUAAUAGCUAUUUUGAUUUGAAUCGCUAUAUGGUCAAAACAAAAAAACAGCGUAGUGUGGUAUAUUGUGGCUGUUGCUCUCUGAUUUCGAAGGGUUGGUGCCUCUUUAAGCAGCAGAGCUCUCUGAGGGUCAAAACAUGGCCCUCUGGGACAUUGACGUGUUCAUAAGCAGAACAUCUGUGCAUGUGUUAGUCAUGCUGGUUCUGAAUCUGCACCCACACAGUUUUCACACAAGAUACUGAUUUUUUCUCUUAAGGCUUGUAAAGGAAGAGGCCAUUUAUGAGCUAUGUGAAAGGAAAUUUACCCUUUUUAACGACAAAACCAACAUGAAAUUGACUUUAUAUGUAGAGAGAAUAUCGUAGACUUCGAGUGUGUUGAGUGUGUUAGUUUGUGUGUUUAAUAUAUAAGCUUGAUCUGUCUGUUAUUCUAAGCUGUCAAAGAUUAUGUGUCUUAUUUAUUGAUGUCAUAAAAGUUUACUGUGGUUAAAUGGGACGUAAAUAUGCCUCUGAACUCACAGAAUAUCAUCAUUGUUUUCAUAAAAUUGAAGCCAUAAUGUUAAUUUCCUGUUAGGAAGCAAUUCCUUGUUUCUCAAAUCCACUUAAAUCGCAAUACUGUAGUAUUUGUUACAUCAUCCUCUUUCAAGUAUUCAUACUUUGUUUACACUGCUGUGCUGGAAACAAUGCUGCCAGUGUUGUUUGUGGAAUUUAGACGAUGGAUUUGGAAGAUUAUGAGAAAUUUUUGUCCGUCUUUAUCCAAAUCAGUGAGAUUAACGGUCAUAGUAAACAAUUUUCUCUUUUUUUCUCCCUUUUUUGAAUCAUAUGUUGUUUCAUUUUUUUGAGGUUUGCAGCCUGUUUGCCUGGAAGAGUUGUGUGCACGUCUUUUUAUGUAACCUGUAAGAGCAGCACGGUGUUUAUUGGUCAUUCGAGGAUUGUGUUUGAGAGGGUUUAAGCUAACACAAACAAUCUACAGGUUGAGGGACAAUCUUAUUAGCAUGCUGUAAUGAACCAGAACAAUUAGCCCAGUUAUUCUGAGGAGAAAACGUGAUGUUGGCUCACUAAUUACCCGGCACUGUCUCCGCAAUUAGCUUCUUUCUCUUUUUAUCCCUCUUAGGACUCACCACACGUGCAUGAAAAAACACUGGCUGUCGAAGUGUGUAUUUUUACAAGCAUUUGAUCUUGCAUGAAAUUAAAAGAAGGCUCUCUUGACAUGAAUUUAGCAAAUGUAAUUUUUGUUAAGAGUGAAAGUAAGUGCCAAAAAGCUUGUUGUCCCUCAGGUACACAGUCUUUGGAUAUGUUCCUCUGUUGUCUCAAGGCCCGUUUUUUUUGUUUGAAUGAAACCGUCGCUCGCUCAUCAUAUGGAAUAUUCAAAAGAACCCCCCUCCCCUUUUCACACAAGCACAAGCAUAAUUAGACAUGCACCCCUCCCACUUCUCCAUCAUACACCCCCCUCCUCUCAGCACACGAGGAACAAACAGGCUUCUGUCUUUUGUUCGUUCAUAUAGUGAAAGGGACAAAGCUAUUUUCUCAGCUCUCAGCCCUGCACGAGUCCAGCUUGACCCCUGUGGGCGGAGAAGGCAGAGAAGACCUCGAAAAAAAUGCAGUUUUAUAAUCUAAUGCCUGACGUUCCCUCCCCUUCAUGUAAUAUUUCUUAGUCCUGCCUUGUAAAGCGGAUAAAUAAUUUCAACAUCCCAGCUUUGAAAGCUUAUUUAAUUUAGAAAUCAUCUUGGCAACCACAUGGAGGAGAUGAAUGCAGCUUAUGGCAACAUUUUGUGAACAUGCACAUGGACUUAUUUUUGAGAAGUCAGAUCCAGUUGCUGAAAGAUGCUUUUUGUUGACAUCCCCAAACACUGGGAUCAUAAAUCUAGUGUUUAUCCAUGCUAACACCAUAUAGCAAAUUAUUGUCUUUUGGAGACUAAGGAUUUAAAGACUGACUUCAUAAAUAUUCUCCUCUCUGAACUCAAACCACCACACACUAAAUUUUUAAAGAAUAUAGUUAAGAUUGUUGAAUACACCAAAAGGAUCAGUGGACUAGUUCUCUCAGUCUCCAUCAGUCUCCUGAUAUACUGUUCGUGGAAGCAGAUGUAAGAAAAAAUCAGCCUCUAGAUCUAAAACUAAAAAGCUGUGAAGUCUUAAUACCCCCUUUUCACACAUGCACCACACUUGCAGAAAUUCCCUUGUGUUGCUCCAUGUGUAAACACAAACUGCCGAAUUUUCACCCCUUCUUUGUCCAGUCUUGUUUAUUGGUAGCUUCAUAGUAAAUGUAUUUAGGAAAUCAGUGUAAACUGGUAAAAUCUCUGCAGCCGUGUUUUAGUGGGACAUGGAUAUUUUUAUGUGUGGAGUGAUUCCCUCUCCUCUCUCUGCUCACCUCAUUUGUCACUGUGUUAUUUUCAGCUUUUGAUUUCGAGUUGUGUCAACAUCUUCAUAAAUUAUGUGGUGAAAUAGACAUAAACACUGUCCCUCCUCUUCCUCCUCCUCUCACACUAACCAGCUCACAUGUGAAAGCUAAAUCUCUGACAAUAUCAGGUUGUGAAAGUCCUGUAAAUUUCCAUAAAUUAGGAAUUAAUGUGUGAAAGGGGCUAAUGUAAAUAGUGUAGGCCUGCCUUUUUUGUCAACAUCAGUGAGCUAAAGAUUAGUCUGAUGACUCGAAUCUUUGUUUUUACUUUCCUCUGAUUGGCUGUUGUGGUCUUGGAAAGUAGGCUACUGGCUCAGCUUCACAACCUAAAUAUGAGGGCUUAACAGGAGCAUGGCUAUUAACCAGCAAAUAUUCAGUCACUCAACACAAUCAAUUUUUUCCAGACACACAUGUGAACUACAAAACUAUUACAUGACCACAGAGUUGGUUACACAUUAUUUUUAAUUUAUGAGUAACUUUAAGUUGAUUGUAUGUUGGAGUCAUACCAUAUUCCAUGCCUAUAAUCUCUCUGCAUUUCUCAAAUACAUUCAGGUUUUCUCCUCUAUUAGAAAUUACUUCCACAUCCCUUCCCUCAGUUGUAACAUCCUGACUGACCCAGUGAGAAGUGACUGCUCUGAGCCACACGAGGCGGAGGCAAGCCUGCCCUCCCGAAGGCACUGACCUACAGAAGAGAAUCAGAUCUCAUGUUCAUUCAAGCAACCGGUUUCAUCCUUGACAUUAGUACUUCUAGUCUGGUAUUUCAGACAGCAGUACUGUUUCUAGAAUCAAAGUGGAUCCAAUCUUCUGUUGCACUUUUGAUGUUUGGUUGUCAAAGUACGUUUUGUGCAGCUGAUACGACACUAGGAACAGAUGUUUGAUCCCGAGGCGUCACGCACCUCCCUGCCAGCAUUCAGUUCCCCUUUGUGGAUCCUUCAGGGCUUCAAAAUUCUGCCUUGAUCACUAAGAAAACCCGAAAGCUUUUAUCCUCCUGCACUUGUUGAGGAAUCUUCUCCUUGCAGUGUUUUUGUUUUCCUCUCUGUGUUGAGCAGCUCCCCGUGAGUUUGACAGAAAAAGUCUUCCCCCUCUGCAGGCAGUCUGCUGUGCCCGUCUCCUCUUGUUUUCCUCUCUUCCUCUCUACGUGUACAGCAUCUUUAUCAUCUUUUUAAUGAUACUUUUUAUGUAGAGGAACUACAUUUUCCCUGUUGAAGACACAGUGAUAUCUUAAUGAAAUUAAGCAGAUGUGAUGAGUGGAGAGCAGGUUGAAAGGCCGCUGAAGUGGGUCUGCAAUCAGGCCUGUGACAGCGUGUGCCCGGUCUAAGGGGGUCAGGGAGACUGGCGUUUAGUCCAUUAGACUCUGCUUCUGCUGCACUGCUGGUUGAAUGACUCGCAUAAAUUUAAGCUCAGAGCGAUGAUCAAUAUGAUAGAUGUUCAUCACUCCUCUUCUCCAUAGCAGUGUUUUGUAGCUCAAAGACUUUGACAUUUUGAACAUGGUCCCCUAAUCCAAGUUUUCACUGGUGACUGAGGAUGGAUGGUCGAGGACAUUUCUCUUCUUUGAUUAGUGACCUGGAGCAGAUCAGAGCAGCAUCACUUUGCCACCUUUUAUGUCCUCACCUCUGUAAAAAGGUAGAUGGUUGACAGCUGAUGGGUAGUUUGUCUGUCAGUGUGGAUGGAUGUCUGAAUAGGUGGCUCGUGCAGAAGUUAGGGAGUUUAAGUUGAUGUGACAAAAUUACCACAAAGAGACUAAAAACAACCAGAUAAAGGUGCAUAAUUACCACGUACAAUGGUAUAUCAGUCUGGAUGUCUUGUGUCUAUUCAAUGAGUGCAGGAUGUUCUUCAGUUCAGAUCAAAAUUAUUGUUAUUUCCUUAAAAUACUGCCCAAGGUUUGCAAGGUUCAUAAAAUUUUAUAGGUCAUCAUUUAUCUACGAUUUGGUUCCAUAAUUUUAGUUCACUUAGGAAUGUAAAAUAAAUACUCAAGUUUUCUUAAUGAAAUAUAUGGUAAACAAUGAGAUGGUCAAAAUGAUCAGCCUGCGUGUGAUUUUGUGCUUUCAAAACACAUCAAGGAGGUUUCAAACCACACCUGAGCAAUUGAUCAGCCAUUUAUCCUUUGUAAGUGACUCCAAGAGGCAAGGUUAGCGUCACCUGACCAACUGACCGGAAGGGACUACUCUGGAGUUGCUCCGAAAGAAGUGAAAUCAUCAUGCUGAAAGGCAAAGACUCCACUAUCUACUGUCUGAGGUCCAGUCUAUUUUUUUCUUCAAAACUUUGGAGAGAAAGAUUCUCAGCGAUGUCAUCAAGAAUCCCCAGAUCUCUGCAGAGAUGAUUGCUGCUGAACUGGCUUCUUCUGGACUUGAUAUUUAAUGGAAGACUAUUAUAAGGGCCCUUCAUCAUGGUGCACUUAAUGGUCAUCGUCCAAGGAAAACCUCCAUUGCUCUCACAGCGGCACAUCAAAGCCUGCCUAAAGUUGGCCGGAGAAAAUCUGAAACAUGGGGAUGAGUUUGGGAAGUGGUUGGUGGGAGCAUAAUGAAGAAUAAUGAAGGGUAGUGAUCUGACCAGUGUGCACGGCUCCAGUCUCCUUCAGAGUUACAAAAUAAAAUACUCUUUUGAUUUAGAUUUUGCAUCAGAUUUUGUUGCAUCAGAAGUUGUUGAUUUAGCAUUUACAUCCAAACACACAUCUUGGUCCUUUUGCUGCAUCCAUCUUUAUAUUUCAGGCAACAAUACUUCAGACCAAUUCAGGGACCUAUCUUGUUCUGUAGUGGAGCAUGAAAGAACAUAGAGACAAAGUUGCUGAUGCUUAAAGAGGAAAUAGUGAAAACCAGUGAAAGUGCCAACUGGCAGCCUCCAAGUGCUUCUGCUCAGGCGUUAAGAGACGCUUAUUUCUCUCCAACAGUUGGGAGCUCAUUUACAGCACGCAUGACAGCAGAGACUCUGAGCCUUUUGUCAGGAUGUGACUUCUGGCCUGUCCCCCCUGCUGUUCAAAUCCAACACAGCCGUACAUCUGCUUGUGAAUUAACAGUAAACAUCAUCCUCCUUAUCUGGAGUGUCACCCCACAGACUCAAAUGAGAUGGCCUCCAGCCAGGAACUUUGCUUUCUUCCUGACCGUGUUUCUGUCAGACAGGAUUGCUCUACUUUAGGGCCGCCUGUCCUCCUGGAUGAUGAUGUAUGUUAAACUGCAUUGCCUUAAAUUUUGGAGCCGAUACUGACAUGGAUUUUGGCAAUGUCGUCUGUAGAUAGAAUUUAGGUCUUUAGAGCAUUGCUGCAGCUUAGCCUCCUUUAAUGAUAGUCUAGUGUGGCAGAGGAUGUCUUUUCAGCUCAGACAAAUGCAGACAUAAUGAGACACAGCUCAUAACAUAGAGGAAGUGCUGCUAAAGGGCACUUUUCCAUAAUAUUAGCAUUAGCCUCUGUGUAUCUCUUAGCACUGAAUUACUCUGCCCUAAAUUUUAGUGGUUUCCCUCUGAGAGCUGAAAGAAACCGGCUGUCAACUUGCUAAUUAUGCAAUCUGUGGCUGCUGGGUAUAAUGGUAGAGUAGAGGGCUUGUUGGGAGACAGUUCAAAGACUUUUUUUCUGCAGCAGAUAUUUAACAUCUGACAUUUUUGGUCCAAGCAGAAGAAACACAGGCUGAGCUCAGGCAAAGUCGCUCUCAACUCUUGACUUACAAGUAAACUUGCAGAAAAUGUAGCACCUGUGACGCAGAAACCUGAAUAAAAUGUCACCAGGAUAAUCCAGGAGUGUAUUUUGGCAGCAGAAAUUAGACAGAAAACCAAACUGUCAUCAUGACUCGAAGGAUUUUUCCAUCCUCUCUUAUCCUCGACAGCUACCGGGACUCCAAACUCUGGUGUCGGGUAUGUGCACAUCUGUGCGUGUGUGGAGCUUAGUCACUCCAUUAUUAAUGCAAUGGUGUUUUUGUUUGCUUGUUUCGGAGCCACCAGAUCCUCCCUAGGGGAUGCAUUUUUAAUGAUUCAGGAAAGGUGAGACGUUCCCAGUGGUUUCCGAGGCUGGGCAGAGCAUUGUUUGACCCCUACCUGCACAAUCUGGCCUCCUAGUUAUGAUAUCAUCAGUGUGCUGCCGUAGUUUGUUGUUGCCGUAAAGAGCUGCAGAGUGACACAGUGUUCUCAGUGUUUGCUGAGCCGCACAGUCACCAUGUCCUUGUUUGGAGUGAGUCAGGAACAUGAUUUGGUCCAAAUGUUUGAAAUUAGAUAAAACCCUUUGAGGGAUUAACAUCCUAAAAAUCAACUACUGCUUCUGCUUUCUCACAUUUGUGCAAGAUCUGUGCACAGUAGUUCCUAAGCUGUGUGGAAAUCUGAACAGUGGCUGCCAAGUCAUUGUUGUUGCAGCAUAAUGAGCUGCACAGCUCUGCAAGCGGGCAUUAGAGCUUCAGUACAGUAACAAGCAGCAUGUUGUUGUGUUACUCCUGAUCCCACUCACUGUAUAUGACCAAGAUAUGAAAUAAAGCUGGGCAUUGUCUGCAGCCAUUCAUCGCUGUUGUUUACUACGCUCUGCUCCCUGUUAAAAGCUGCUCCCUCCUCCUCCUCCCCUCUCUCGCUUGCCCUCGCUCUCUGUGUCUCUUGUCCUGCUGGCCUGUGGCUUGGUUUGUUGGUGGGAGUCAUGGCACCCAGUGGUAUUGUGGCAUAAACAGCGGCCUGAAGUGCAUUUUUUUAGGAGGGGAAAACAAGCAGGACGCAAAAACAGAGGAGAGAAAAAAUGUUUGCUCUGUUUGAAUAAAACAUAAUUUGGAUUAUCUUGAAAGCAUUUUUCUCUCUAGGAUAUCCACUUGUCUGAACAGCGAGUGCGUCUGCUCUGUAUGCAGAAGCUCCAUCUUAAGUUAUAAAAAGAAAUGCUGACAUGCAAGCUUGUGGCGUCUCCCCAAGAUGUCAAAAGUCAGAGUCUCUUCCUCAGACGAGGGCUGAUGUGCACCGAGAUGACAGGAAGGUCGAACAGGCUGGAUCGGACUGUAAAAUCCUGUACGUUCUCGCUUAUCUUUAUAAAGAAGUGCAAACUGGCUGUCUCACCUUGUUGCACUUUUUUCUCACUUCAGAAUCUUCCCCACUGUACGCCUGUCAGUUUCAGUCUGUUCAUGCAGGACAUGAAGUCAUUUCCAUCAUCCCCAGCUGUCUCGUCCCGUCAGCAUCCAGACACUUUCCUCAGCACCUGUCAGCCCUCUGUGUUGUGUCAUGAAUGUGUGAGUGGGCGGCCACAGGUAGAAGUAAUGGAAUGCAAAUGUGCUGAGUUGUCGCAGCACAGCAGACCCGCAUGUGUAUUUGUGUGUGUGUGUCUAUAUGUGUGUGUCUCUGUGCCAGGCUGCUGGAGUUAAUCCACUGCAGGCUUUUCUGGGCUCGUGCCACAGCAGUAGGAACAUUUCUCCUGGGUUUUCCUGACUUUUUUUUGCCCAGGGCAGUGUCCACUGUCUGGAAGGCACAGGGCGGGCAUGGCGCUGGCACGGACACGCUGAAAGACCCAGUUUAAUACCAUCAGAGGCGGUUGGCCGGGCAUGGGCGCCAUGCCGAGACAUCUUAGGCUAGGACUCAAACAACCCUGGAGCAAAUUACCCCCUAGCCUCAAAUGCUCCUCAGAAUUUCUCCUUUUUUUCACUUUCUUUUCUUUGUUUCUUUCUUAUUGCCUGUUUCAUUCCUCAGUAGCCACUCUUACUUCUGCUCCUUUCACCCAUGAAUCAUAUGAGUCACCCUGUUUCUCUCUAUGGACAGUGCAUCCCAUGCUUUGUGCACUGGAUUUACCUCUCCUCCAUCUUCUUAUCAUUUUAAAGCUUCCUACCUCCUUAUUUUGCCCCCAAAUUUCUCUCUUUUUGUCCCUGUCCAUCAUUUCCACCCCCUAUCCAAAUGCCCUCUCCCCUCUCCUAGUUUUUGGCUCCCUCUUCCUCUCUCCUGUCCCCAGGGUUUGUGGGUCUUUGGCUAAAACACACUUUGAUCGUCCUGAAGGAGAGCCUUCAGGCUGACACAGUAACUCUGCAGACAGACAGACAGACAGACAGACAGACAGACAGACAGACAGACAUUGGCUGACUGAUGUUUUGUUGUGUUGCACCACAGGCAGAAAGAAGACUUUUGAUUCAGGACAUGUGCAUUUAUUCAUGCAUACAAGCAAAGACAUGCAGCUCCAACUAAACUUCAACAGGAGGAAUUGAAGAGGCAAAAAAAAAUUAUUUAUUUUCCUUUCAUACUUUAAAACAUUCGUCUGAACUUUGAAUUCCAUAUAUUUACACGACAGGCCUCACACCUCAAGACAAGCUUGCACCGAAAUUGUGAUGACAUUUAAGACUCUUCCUUUGUAUUUAUAUCUCUGCAAAUGUGACAAAUGUAACACGGCGACAGAUCUAAAGAGAGAAGGAAAAUCUGUUAAAGUUAAAAGGGUUCAAUAUAUUUACUGCCUGGAACCACAUGGAUGAAAGUGAAUUAUAUGAUGGUGGGGCAGCAAGAGAUUCCUCAACCAUCUGAGAUUUUAGACUACAGAGAAGAAAAUGCUCAUUAUUCUUAGAUUUUACAUUUUUCUCAGGGUGUUUGAAGUUAGAGUGUUUUAAGCUGAACAGCCUCCACAAGUGAUGUGAGUUUUGCUAGCGCUGCACAGAAGAGUCGACUGAAGUGUUCUUCAGAGCUCCACUUUAUUAUUUGAAUAUUUUAAAGCUUGAACUUUUUCUUCUGUAAAACAGGAACUUAAAUAAAUUCCAACUUAAAAGUAUGAAAACACAGAAAAAUAAUCCAAAUUGAGCACAGUUUAGUGUGUUUAACACGGCCAAACAACAGGAUCGCAGAGUCUGUGGGCACAUUGGCAGAGCUGGCACCACCAGUCUUUGGUCUGUCUUUGCAGGUUAAUACCAUAGACUGUAUAUAGAAUGGACGCUGUCUGCCUCCUCGCUGGGUGAAGCCACCGCGAGAACAGCACCCUCUGGUGAUGGGCUGCAGUAUAGGUCAUAAAUCUCACCUCCUCCAGCAAUUUCUAUGGGGCUGUGGACAAACUUUAGAAAUUCAUUACACAGAAUGUGAGGGUCAGGUUUUCUAUGAUUGACACUUAUAGGCAUACAAAGAAUGCGUAGCUCACCUGGAGGGAAACGCUGUGUGAGCUGAGCGUCAUCACAGCGACUCUCAGCGACUCUCUUGCCGAAUGCGUACAAUGCUACUGCGCAAGUGGUGGUUACAGGAAGUAGAAAGAAUCCUGGAAAUAUCGAGAGCAAUUCAGCAUCAAAUUUGUCAGCCUAAGAGACCCCAAAAUUAGGGUGUGAGAGGUGCUUUAACAUCGCCCACAGCCCUGGGGAAUCAUUGAUAGGUCCAUCCAAAAACCAAAGAAAAAAAACACAACAGCCCACAAACCAUAACUUAAUUUUAUCGUCAUUUAAAAAGGCUAAAAGUAGAAGGUAAUCCUCAUGCUAAGACUCUAGGUGUGAUAGAUUAAAGCAGAAUCGUAAAGAAGUCAGAGGCGUGACUUUCUGACGUGAGGCCCAGUUUACUCAGCUUGUCUUGCAUCAUUUAACUUGUGAACAUGUUGCCUUUUUCCUGUGCUUCAGUGUAAUAACCUGCUGCAAAAUGCUUUCAACUAAGCACUAUGCUGACAGCUCAGUAUAUGGAAGAUAAUCAAUACAUUGAUGGAAAAAUCAAACAAAAAUGUGUUUCAACAAGCAAUUAAUUAAUGGACACAUGGUUCAAUUUUAGUGUCCCUAAAAACACACAUAUCCCUCCUGCGACCUCUAAACUUCCCCCAGCUGCAUUCUCAUGUACAGAUUUUCUGCCAGCUUAUUGUUUCCACUCAAAUACCAAAAGUGCAUUUCCAGCACACACACAGGAGCACCAUAUAUGCAGAGAAAGCAAGAAGCACUUACACUGAGCGAGGGAGCUCAGCUUUAAUGAAGUUACAGCCUGAUGGCAUCUGCAAUGCCAGCAGCUGCUGCGGCAACCACAGAUGACAGUGAAACCGCAUUUCAGAGGAGUCACACCAAACUCGCGGCGUACCCUGCGAGGCCUGGACAUCAGAUAACGACAGUGUCAAUCUGUGGAGGCACAAGCAGGACUGCUGUCUGCACUUCAGCUCCAGUAACUCCGUUGAAAGGGGUUUCGAUUACUGUCUAAACACAGAAAGAUGUGUGUAUGUGCCUAUGUGGGUUUAGUGUCAGCGGUAUUGAUCAGUGGGUUGAAUGGUAGAAAGAUAUGUGGAGGAAGAGGAGACAUAUUGGUUGAGAAAGCGAGGAAUGACACAAUGAGAAAGAGUAGGAAGUCAUUAUUCGAGUGUGUGUGUGUGUGUGUGUGUGUGUGUGUGUGUGUGUGUGUGUGUGUGUGUGUGUGUGUGUGUGUGUGUGUGUGUGUGUGUGUGUGUGUGUGUGCUGGAUCUGAGAAAAGGAGUUGAUCCUGGGUGUUUACUUAAUGUGUGUGUUUGUGCAUGUGGGUGGAUCAGAAGCGAUGUAACACCGAAACUGUUUCUGUAAGAUAAUAAGUGAAUUUUCAGGCUCCCACAUCAUCAAAAUGUGAAAGUUAUCAUUCUCCUUUCAGUGUUAUUAUCAUUAUGUAAAACAGUCAUGGAUCAUUUACAUUUAGACUUUCUGCAUUAAAACUAGGAAACAAGAUGUACUCAGGGAGUAGUAACAAUUAGCUCUUCAUAAAACCUUACAUAAUAGUUUUAAAUAACUGUCCAACCCUCUUUUAAAAGGAGCUUUUACAUUCAUAAAUAAAUAUUACUCUCUCUUUUUGUUUGUAUAAGGUUUUUUAUAUCCAGUGUAUUUUGUACAACUUGAGGCAGAGCAGAGCAGAGGAAUAUUUUUACAUUUAAAUGGUUUGUGCCGAGUUAAAUCCUCCAAAAGACUUAGUAGUUCAAUUCCAGAGAGGAACCAAACACUCCACUCCUAUUAAGAGGUUGUCCCUGUGUGCAAAAAUGGUAUUACAUUUGCAGGCGCUGCAUGUGCAGGAAUGCUGACCAGAUUUAGCACACAUCAUCAGAGUAGAGCUUUGCAUCUGUUUUCAUUUUAAGUUUCAGACGUUCAUAAAGAAAAUCUCCAACACUUCUGCUGUUUUCUGUCUUCUUCAAGAUUUUCUGGCUUUGUUGUCGUGGAUAGGACACAAGGAGAGGCAUGACGUCCAUGUAUGAGGUGAACUUAGACAGCUUGGCUAGCAGCAUCCCAACAGUGCAUUUUGAAGUUGAGCGAUUUACAGAUCCCGAAUUUUACGACAAUAACCGACGUCAUUUUGCCCAUGUCAGUAUAGUCGGUGUCAAAAAAAUAAGUAAAUCAAAGUUGGUUUUGGAUGUGUGUAGGUAGGCUAUGGUCUCAUGUCCCUCUAAGAGGCUGUCCUACAUCAGAAACGUGACUCCACCCCAUCCAUAACAAAAAGGGGAAAGACAGGUGAGGAGAAUCAGCUGCCAGAAUCAGUUUGCUCUUUUUUAGUCUCUACACCCAGACACUGAGUUUUUACAUUGUGCUUGUAAUGUCGCAUUCUGGUCCAUUUUCUUUCAUAGUCUGCUUUUUGUUUUUUGGGUUUUUUUCUGGAGUGGUGUGAAAGCUCAUCCAAACCAAACAAGUUAACUCUGGUUUGCUAAAAAAAAAAACAUGGUAGUCAUGACUAGCCUCUGAGACCCUCACUUAAGGGGGUCUGUUUACGGUGUCAAAUGCAAUUAUUAUAUAAACACUGAAGCAGACAAACAGAAGAAGAAACCCUGUGAGACUGCAGAAAUCUGGUGUUGUGCUUGUUGUUUUGGAGUGUUGUUUUUUUCCAUCUUGUUUUGGAUGUGAAUCAUCAUAAGCAAUUAGUACGAUAAAGGCCGAUGAGUUUUUCAUUUUGCUGCAUGUGUCUGAAAUUUUGAAUUGAUGACAAUGCUCGAAGAAAGGUCAUGAAAUCAUAGUCGUUAAGGUUUAUCCUCUGAGGACCGGUGUUGCUUGUGCUGCAGUUUCUAACCCUGAUCCAAUAGAUCAAUAUUACUCUCCAGUUGAAUUUCUGGUGGCUCUUGAAGAAAAGUCAGCGAAUCAAGAAUGUGAACAGUGUUCAUCCUCUGGGGACCUUAAAUUGCUCCUGUCAGUCCAACAGUUAUAGACCAAAUCAGUCUAGAUUGGUGUGAAUAGAUGCAUAUGGGCGUUUUUUUAACCUGUACUACGGCAAGUGAGUAUGGGGAGCUUUAAUGUUUUGACUUCAGUCAUGGGGGCUGUCAUAUUGUAAGUAUUUUUGUAUGUACACAGCCUACCGUUCACUCCUAUGAAGUACAGGUAAUGCGUGUGUAUGCGCCUCUCUUCAUCUGCUCCUCAGCUGUAGGACCAGUGGUUGGUUGGUUGGCAGCUGCAGACCUGGUCCUGUCCUCGGGUCUCUGUGAUAAACACACAGAAGGCAGCAGAGCCUGAACACACCGCCAAGGUUAAAAGCAGAGUCACACAUUACUGUGCCAUCCCACCAUCCUGUCGUUUUUGCCUUUUCUCUCCUUUUUAUGAGUUUUCUGGCAGAAGAAAAUCCAAUUAUUGUCAGAGUACAAAAGAAAAUCACACAUCCUAUCUAAGGAGGCUAAUGUGGAAAUGUGCUCCAGUCUUUGUUUGGAGUCCUUAAAUAGAUUGAAUUAGAUGUUCGUGCGCCUCUUUUAUUUAUUUUUCAGAGGAUUGGCCAUUUUGAAGCGUGCACCUCUUUAGGGUCUUUCAAAUUGACUAAAUGUGGCCGUUCCUCCCAGGGAAACCAGGUAAUGUUCAGACAAUCAGGGGUUAUAAAUGGGUAAUUCCCUUUUUACAGCCAGACAGGUUUCUUUAUCUUGUGGGUAAAUGCUUUCCCGGUGACGCUGCAGUCCGUCUCUAUUUCUCUUUCACACUCCUGCUUCCUCCCUAUUCUUAUUUCCCCUGUGCACACUCUUUCAUUUAUCUUGUCACUCCCUCGCCCGGUCACCGUUGCUCUCUUGUCCAUCCUUUUCUUUUCUCGGUUCGUGCGUCUGUCAGAUUUUUUUAAGAACUCCCUCUCCUGCCCUUUUCUUAUCUCUCUCCAUCACUGCGCCACCUCCGCCUCUUCUCCGCUUGCUUUCUCUCACAGAUCCACCCUCAUCUGUCCUCAUCUUUCCUCAUGACCUCUCUCUCGCUUUCCCCCUCUCUCAAGUGACUGGCCACAUGCUAAUGUGUUUGUAGAUAGCUCACAGUGACAGAGAGAGGCCAUUAGAGAGGGUACUGAGUGCCAACAGUGGCACCGCAUCCAGGACAUCCAGGACAGCAGCAGUGUGUGUCUGUAGGUUACUAUCAUUUUUGUGGGUGUCCUUUAGUGCUAUCUGUUAGCGUCCCUUCUAUACAAUCCCUUUUUUAUCCAUGUUUUUAGACGUGCACAACAUUAGGCUGUUGUUUAUAGAGCAUGUGGGCGUGCUCAUGAGUGCCAGUGUGUGUGUCUGUGUGCAUGUCAGCGUUGCUAAUGCGGGGCUGUUGAUCACUCUGAAUGAUUGAUGACAGCUAGGUCAUGGAUAAAGCUCACGCAGGCUUACAGAGGAAUGAAUAAAAAGUGACCCUGGCAGCAGCACGCCACAUCAAUGGGCCCAAGCUGCGUGUGCUCUGUCUGCACUCUGUCUCUGGCACAGAGACAUUUAUAUCUUUAUUUAUUUAUGAGUAUGUUUAGGAGGUUUGGAAAAGCUAUGACUUGUUUGCUGCUGCAUAAAAAAUGUAUAACCUAAAAAAAAAAAAAACCCUGACUCACUUUAUUUCUAAUGUUUCGAACUUCCUUUGCCCUUUUGUCGUGACCUCACUGGUCUGAGGUCUUGUCCCCUGUCUGCACACACACAUGCAGACAUGACAAACAUAAUUUUAGCUUCAGGCUUUAAUCAAUACAUGUGAUGCGACAUGACGCCUAUUGAUCUCUCCGUAGAGCAAAUUUCCUCUUUGUGCCAAAUCCAGAGAGGUCAGGAUUCAGGAAGCAACUGCAGCAGGCUUGUUGAAGCUUCUCUAAUAUGAACAAAUCUGUGGGAAUGAGUUGUCUUUCGCAUCCUCUGAGCUGUGUGGUACAGAUUCUGUCCCCUCAGUCGCAACCCUUCUGUUUACAAAUGAGUCGUAUGCAGCGUGCAUGUGCAGAUGACUUAAAUGAUUGGCAUCAUCGAUCUAAAGGUGUGAUUUCUGACAGGAAAAUCUGAGCUUCAAGGAGACAAAUCCAUAUGGAGAAUGUCACUCACACUUUAAUAACAGCAUCUGCAGUCGGUGUCGCUGCAGAAGACAGCCGCAAUGUCACCUAUAUCCUCACUCAAGCAUGCCUGGGUGUUUGCACGCAACCUUAGCCCUUCACAUUCACCCUUCGAGUACCUGUGCACCCGUUCAUUCAGCGGCAGCCAGUGUUCUUCCUGCAGAAGAGCGCUGCACCAAAGACGUGACAACGGCAUGCAUGCUCGAGCGUACUUGUACACAGCUAUGUCCCCUUCAUCCUCCUCCUCCUCCUCCUCUUCCUCUCGUGUGCAGACAGCAGUAAGAGCGCUUGGCAGGGAUGAGAUGUGAAGUGACGGUCGAGGAGAGACUGCUACGAGGACCACACAGCUCAGAGGAGGAGAGAGGCCUCUCUUUGCCCCCUGUUGCUACUCGGCGACUCCUUAUUGGUUUAUUUGUAGUUACAGUUGUGGAUUUAUUUACCACAGGGUUGGUAGCCUUGCUGCGUAAAUAAUGCAUUCGUUGGGAACAUAGGGACUCUGGUUAGCUUUCAUUUGUAUUCAUAAGCCUCAAAAGUGGAAUAACUCCACCUGCAGAUCAACAACUGUUAUCAUCACAGAAUAGAUGUGUCUGAUCACAUUUGUAUGGCUAGUAAUUAUUGAAAAGUGUGUCUCUGUUUGUAACAGUGUUGUUUUUUAUCAAGGCCAGCAAGCACAAUAUAAUACAGAUUAAUAGAAGUUGCAGCUGAGAUCGUCGAACCGUCUCCCUUCAAAACAGACUUCUUGAUUUGAUUUUCAAUCUCAGCUUCUGUUAACUAUUUCUUCUCCCUCUUUAGGUGUUCAACACCUACUCCAACGAGGAUUAUGACCGGCGUAAUGAAGAGGUGGAUCCAGUCGCCUCCUCCGCAGAGUAUGAGCUGGAGAAGCGGGUGGAGAAACUGGAGCUGUUCCCUGUGGAGCUGGAGAAAGGUGGGAAAUAAAUUCUCAGAGGAUGGAGGUGGAUCCUGUCAGUUACUUGUUAUACUCAGCAGACAGAAGCAUCCGCAUGUGGGAUGUCACUUUUUUCUAAUUAAAGGUGUGAUAUUUCUAUUUUUCGUCUCUCUAUGGAGGUUUUUCAUCCCCCUCUCUGUCAGAAUGUCCAUUCUCCUCAUUAUAACUGGGAAUUUUCAAUCAUCAGUGAUAAUGCUGUCUAAUAUUCUACCUUGAAUAGUUUCCCUCUACUUCUAAGCAUGCUAUUUCAUGCAGCAUCUCAAAGGAAAUCUCCUCAGAUCACAUUAAAAGACUCUGCAGUACACUGUUUGUACGUAUCCCCAGGUGGAGCUACAAAGAGGUUAUAUUUCAUUUCCUUCACUUGUCUCUUUUUCAGUUUGAGGUUUUCCUGUGUAGAAAUCCAAUAUGGCCUGAAAUAGAAUGACUGUCAAUGGUAGGAUUUCAUCAUCCACUCCAUGUUAUGUAACCCUAACCAGUCAUGAAUAAUGAAUGCUGGUGGAGAUAGAGGAGUGCUACACUGGGAGGAAUUUCCCAGUUUGGUGAAGGCCAUCAUGCUCGAGUAAUUAUCUCUUCCUCUUCAUCAUUAAUAAAUCAAUUGUUUGAGCGUGCUCAUCCAUUUACUUCUCUAUGUAUCCUUAAGCAAAACUGACUAGGCAGUACUGGAAGCUUUUUUGGGUUCGAUCCAAGUGCAUUGGAAAGUUGAAAAAUUGAGGUCCUGAGGCACUCCACCCAUGCUGUAUGUGUCUGUUUGUUUGCAGAUGAAGACGGACUGGGGAUCAGCAUCAUCGGGAUGGGUGUGGGCGCUGACGCAGGACUGGAGAAACUGGGCAUCUUCGUGAAGACUGUCAUCGAGGGAGGAGCCGCUGAGAGAGACAGCAGGUGAGAGACGGGAAACUUAUACACACACAUGGAAUCCUCUUAAUAUCUGCUAGAUUUUCAAAUUAUUUAACCAUCCAAAAACAACCCAGCUGAUCCAGAGUGUUGUACAAGCCAAGAAACAUACUAUCAAAGAGAAAAUAUGAAUGUAAAAAUAAUAGAUAUGGAGGAAGAUCGGCUACGCCAAGAGACAAGGCAUAAUGCAUAAUGCACAGUAAAAGUAUAGUGACACAUGUGACUGAGGCGCUUGUGAGUCUGGUAUUCACCAUUACAUCACAGAAAUGAAAAUAAUGUGUAGUUUAUUCGUUAUUAUUUAUUCAGUUAUUAGUCUAUAUUCAUCUGAAUAAAAAAAACAACUAUACGAGGUGCCACUGGUGUAGCAGUUCAUGAGCGUACCCAUUUACAUAGGCUUUAGUCCAGUAGCUGGUUUGACUCCCAGCCACAACCGCUUUCUGUUUGUCUCCACAUUUUCUGUAUCUCCUCAGCUGUUCUAUCCAAUAAAGGUAGAAAUACUUAAAAAAAAAAAAACAUAAGAAAUUAAACAGUGUACAUAGCCUCUAUGGCUUUUAGCUAGAUGACAGCUGGUCUGCCAUUGUUCAGAUUUUUAGUCAUUUAUUCAUACGCUCCUGUUAAUCUGGUAAAAGUAGCUACUUGAUUGACACCAUUGCACUUACAGCCAUCAUCUUAAAGGUGGCAUCAUUACAUCUUAUGAGCUGAUGAAUAACCUGGCCUGUACUUGUAUGCCACUUUGUCCCAGACAGUCACUGUGUCUCGCCAUCUUUAAUCCCUCUAAGACUGUCGUUGUGAGUGAAAACUGAAGGGUUCACUUGCUUUACAGAUGUGUUGCUAGAGUGAACGAAUAUUGGCGUAUGUAGUAAUAUGAGUAAGCAGUGUCUUCAACAAAAACUCAUAUCCUUCUGGCUUUUGACAGUCAAAUGAAUCAUUUAUUGGAAAGAUUGUAUGCUGAAAAUACAAAAACAAGGCUUUUUUUUUUUUAGUUAGUUUUAGUUUUUUGUUUCGCUGACACCUACCCCCUCACACCAUUUCCAGGCAUUAAAAAUGAUCAAUCUUUCCCCAAUGGUCUGGUUUACUUUUGCUCAUCAUCGUCAAAAGCAUCAAUAUGAAUUCAAGCAUAUUUCAUAAAUGUCAAGAAACUCCUCAGAGGAGCUUUAAAGAAAACAAUCCUGCUGUGAAAUAACCACUUGUAGAUUUUUAUGCCUGUAGGGUUUGAAAAUCAGUGACACAGCAGUUCAACAUCACAACAGUCUGAACUUGUCUUAUUGAGUAUGAAGAGGAGAAAGUGUGUUAAUAUGUUGGAUAGGGUUUUGUUUUUUGUUUCCUACCUGGUGCAGUUAAUCAGAAACACGCUUUGAAAGCUCAUCAUGUGCUGCAGGAAAAUGAUGUACUGAUCACAUUUGGUACCAAAAUACAUACAGCAAUUAAUCAGCGAUUCAGCUUCCACUUUCCAAACAUCACUCUCUCUCUCGCUCCCUCUCACACACACCACGCAGUAACACUCUGUCCCUGUCAGAUUUAGCAGCAGGGUUUCGGAUUAAACCCGCCGGGAGAGGCGCAGUUUGGGACAUGAAGCCUCACGCAGCACUAUGCAGUGUGUAGGUGUGUGUAUUGUGUGACAGAGAUUUUGCAUUGGCACCUUAUAUCUCUGAGUAUUCUGUAUUGCUUUGCAAAGUUUGGCUUUAGAAAAUAAGAGGCUGCUUUAUAUCUGCUGCAUGUCCCUUAUCUGUGUGUGUGUGUGUGUGUGUGUGUGUGUGUGUUGCUGUGAUGAAGAAGCUGUGUUUGCGUUGUGUGUCUUUGUGUAUUAUAUUAUAAGCGUGAACAGCGCCGAGUAAGCACUCAGUCAGGGGUAGAGAAGGAGAUGACAGCCUCCCAGCAGGCGAGCUGUGUUAUUCUGCCUCUAAACCAGCUUUUUCCUAUCACUGGAUGUGUGUGGUUCAGGUUCUCCAUAAACAGAUUAAAACCGAUAGGCACUUCCAUUCACCGCAGCAUGACUGUAUCAAGUUCUGUAAGCUCCAUGAAUACUCUGGUGCACUGGGGCUGUUUACAUUAGUUGCGUUUUCCUUCUAGGAUUAUUUUUUCUUUAUGUAGAAACACAUGAGAGAGAAGUUAGAGAAAAUAUAGCGAACAGAGAGCCGGGGAGCAGAGUGUAGAGAAGAUGACGGUCGCACAGACUCUGAAAUGUGUCACUUUCUUCAACAAGCAUGUGAAGUUGGAAAGAUCACAGGCAGGUUAUGCAAACACCAAAGUUCAGUUCAUUUCAGAGCCUGAAUUUUGAAUUUUUGUUCAUUUAAUCAUACAGUUAAAUAAAUUAACUGACUCCAGUGAAUUUCUGGGUAAAUAGACAGAAGAAAAAGGCAGAGUUGAGGCUGUGGCCUUGCUGGUUUAUGAUCAUCUACAACACUGUCACCUGUUCGUCAGGUGAGCCACACCUGUGUGUAACUCUUACUCAAAAUACAGGCAAAAGUAGAUAAAAAGAUUCACUAAAAAGUUACUGUAAAAAGUCUCUCUUGCACACAAACACACAUGUAAUCUUUAACUCAUUCAUGUAAUGAUGCAAUAAAUUUCAUACAAAUCAAAUGAACUCUUUGUUAAAGGAAACAGUUGUUAUUUUAAGACUCUCUGAUGUGAGAAAACUUCUGCAGGGACUGUGAGGGUGAUCUCAAAUACCAUCAUUAUCCAGUACUCCUGUUUUUGUCCCAACAGUGAUCUUAGAGAUCCUCUCCUUUUAGACUUUCUGUGAAAACAGUCCAUUAGCAUUUCACUCAGUAUCAACCUUGAUCCCAUUUGCUGCAGACCUCCCUCUCCUAAACAGAACAAGACACGGAGGAGAGAGACCUUCUGUUGACAUCUUUUUAAGAUGUUUUGAUGGUGCAGUUAGGCUAAAUGCAGCUGUCGUCUGUUAGAUUACACAACAAGUGCCUUGAGUACCCCAGAUGAUGGAUACAGGUCAUCCUUUUUUUAUGAAUCUGCAGCCCUGCCUGUGUCCCUGUGACAGAUUUCACAACAGGCCUUAAUCACAACAUGAGAGAAAUGAACGCAGGACUCCAGGAAUAGAUACGGGAUCACUCGUGCUCGAUUCAUUUACUUUUGGAGCAAUAUCUCUCACACACACGCUCAGGGGAAGAGUCAGGAUGGCGAGAAUGUAAUUUUCUUCCAUCAUUACCCUUUCUUUCUCUUUUGCUGAGUCGAGCUGAAUGGUCUGGUGCAUCCACGCACACACACACACACACACACACACACACGGCCUUGGACUCACAGGCAGACAGAUAAAUGAGCUUGGCUGUGGCCCACUGUAUUGUCUGGAGCAGAUGACCCAAGGUGUCUGUGCGCUGGGAUGAGAUGUUAUUGGGAAGACAUGAGACGUGAAAGUGUAUGUUGCUUUAAUGUCGUAAUGUUCCAGCUGUUAUUUUCAUUUAGUGUUACUUUAUUGUACAUCAGAAGUAUCUCAGCUGCUUCCUGCUCACUCCUUGUUGUUCUCUAUGGUUGACAUGUUGCCCUAAAUCUGCAUGACAGCUCUGGAUGAUGUGUUUUUAGGACAAAUUUGAUUCUGAUCAGCAGCUAUGUGUUGCCAUGAAUAACCAUUUUUACUGCAGUUUUGUAAGAAUCCAUUAGGAGUAUAUUUCCCAAUGCAACAUGUGCUUUUGAAGGAGAUUUUGCAGUUUAUAUUGUUGCUGAUACGCUUUGUUUGUUUCACUCCUGUUAUUGAUGUUUGUUUUUACACCGACCGGGAUGGAAAUUAGCCCCUUGGCUAUAAUCCCAUGUAUUUACAUGUAAAUGUUUAUUAAAACAUAUUGUCCCAUUAAAAAAAAAAAAAAAACUAAAUCCUUAAUCCUUAUGUGAAAUUUUACACAUUGUUAUUUAGUAUUUUACAAGAGAGUUAACAUAUGGGUCCCUUUCACACGUGCACAAAGUUUGUGAAAAAUGUGCAGAAAAUGAACUGCAUGUGUGAACACGAACAGACAAGUUUUUCACCCUAACUUUCUGCUAGCCCCCUGGUAAAGUCCAGGUGGGCUCAUGAGAGAACACACCAGCAAAUCUUCCAGAUAAAUCCCCUUUAGACAUGGCGGGAGGAGCUGUUGGCGUCUCUCAUACAGCUGCUGUUCUGUUUAAUAUUGCUGCUUAGUUGGAAAAUGAUGCUGUAGCACAUAACAAAAGUGGUCAGUUUGCGCUAUGUGGUAAUGUUUUCAGGGGUAAAAUAUGCUGAGUCCAGUCCACACCCUUAUCUUUAAUCUAAUUUUAUAAAAAUCAUACCCUCCAAUGCUGUGCGAAUAAAGUAAAACUGACUGAAGAGGCUUUUCAGUAAGUGAAAACAAGGCACUCAGAUUCUAUUAUUCACUGACAUUAUCAACAGAUAAUUAGGAGUCAAAUCCCAAAUUAUUUGGAAAUAAAAAUAUUACCAUGUUGGACCAUGUUUUUUAAAGGUUUAGCAGAAUUUAAAGCCAUCAUGCGGCGUGUUAAGUGAAAAAAUGCUAAUUCAAUUUCCAAAAAGCUCUCCUAAAAGGCAAACUCAUUUUCCUCUCUCUUUCCACUCCGUCAUCACUCUGCCGUCUCCUGAUUACAUUAGUUCUGCUGCUUUAAUUGGACUAUUUGACCUAAUGUAAAAUGUGAUUAUUGAGAGCGAUUAAAGUGUAACUGAGUUUUGUGCUUGUAAAUAUUGAAGAUAUUGUCGAGUCAUUUCUUUUGCAGGACUCUUGCAUGUUGUUAUUGAUUUAUCAUAAUAUGAAUAAGAGAUAAACUGAAGGAACCGUAAGUCGUGAGAUAACAGAAAAGCAUGUGUGUGGAUGCUGCAAAAACAAUUAAAGCAAUUGCCAAAAAUAAUAACACAAGAUUUGUAAAUCUGUCUUUGUUUUUUUCUGCAUUUUUCUAUGAGGGUUUCAGCAGAAUAUUCAGUAAAGACUCACUCAGAACUGCACUCAUGAGUGCUGUUUCAUCAGGAGUUGCAUUUCGGGUCAAGAACUGAGCUGACCUCUCUGAGUGUCUGGAGCUGUGGUCCUCAUUAGCCCUGCAGUUUGUUUUGAGCCUCAUCUCUUCUGUCUCUUGGUUAGGCAACCGUCUGGGGCCGCAGAAGUGAGAAUUUGUGACAGCAAGAGAGUCUGGCUUUGUUGUAAUUUUCAAGAUAAUAUGACGUUGCAUAACUGGAUGGUUUAUUUUUGCCUACUGAAGUAAUUUUGCUGCGUAAGUUUUGAUAUAAUCAUGAUGUUUACUCUUGGAGACAAUGUGCAUGCGAGUAUCAGCCACUUUCAGACCACAUUUGUUUUCUGACAUGUGCAUAUGAGUAAGGGUUAUGGUUGGAGCUGUCAGGAUAUCAGAUUGAUUAGUGCAUGGCGCAUUAUUCGCAGGUGUGCCCAUGUCAGUCAACAAGGCAGAUAUUUGGUGAUACAGAUGUUCAACUGAUACAUCAACUUGAUACAACUCACUUGCUGCCUUAAAUGUUAAAGCUGCUUGUAUUUGUGUGCCUGCAGGAUCAAGGUGAAUGACCAGAUCGUGGAGGUGGAUGGGACCAGUCUGGUGGGCGUCACUCAGAGCUUUGCAGCCUCCGUCCUCAGGAAUACAUCAGGAGUGGUCAGGUAAGACUGCAGACAUAAACACAGAUGACGCUCCAGUGUCUGAUAAAUGCAGUCUCUUUGUAAACAUGCAAAACAUGCACAUAAGGUUUGUAUGUUUUCUUCCUCCCUUUGAUGAGGAUCUUUGGAUUAACAUAAGAUUACAGUACCAAAGUGUGUCAAGCAGCUAUCAGCCCUAACAGCCAGACCACCAACACAUCAGACAUACAGUGAUUAUAGACAAACUGAAGAGUGAAAUUGUCCUUUACUCUCUCUGCAGUGAUACGUGGUUUAUUUCUGGAUGUUGCUGGUCUUUCUUUCAUGCAGCCAAAAACACUUCAAAAUUAUCGAAGCGUUGAGCUUAAGUUUGGCACAUCCAUCAGCUUUAUUACUGUAUCUGUUUGAAGGAGGCGAAGACGUGAGAGCACAAUAUGUGACAAAGGUCUCGUGUGUUUGACAGUUGAGCAGUUUUUGGCAGAGUUCCAUUGAGAGCAGUGGGAAGCAGAUAUCACACACACACACACACACACACACACACACACACACACACACACACACACACACACACACACACACACACACACACACACACAGCAUGGCAGGAGGGCUUUAAUUUGGAGAGCCAGCGCUAUCCUUGGCAGCACUGUGAGGCUGCUAUCUCAGCUUUCUGUGGCUACUUGCUCUUGUCCUUCCAUUUGUCUUGAUUUGGUUUACUGCAGCGUCUCUCUGUUUUUCCAACACUCUCCCUUUUCAGCCUUUUUUCUUCCCUCCAUCUCAUUUACUGUUUAUACCUUUUUGAAUCCUCACUUUAGACACCCCACUUUAGCUUCUUUUAGCAACCCAUCUAUCCGGACAAACUAUGGUGGGACAGCUGUGAUACAGAGUUUAAUAAUCCUUGUCUUUAGAGUGGCUUUUGUCCUCCAUCUUUUUCUGGCUGACAGGAUCCUCUGUGGGACUCAGCUGUGUGAAGAUAAAUGUGUGUGUAAAGAGCAUAGAGCCCAGGGAAAGCUGGUGGCAGAACAAAAACACGUCCGGCAGUAUCAGACUGUCAGCCGGACAGAUGCUGUUUGCUGAACUAAUAUUGACAUUGAGUUUUUUUUCCACAUACCAGGAUGUGGAACUAUAGGUAAGGCAGCCUUAAAUAGUAUCCAUCUGUCACCUGUCCAUCUAUUAAGCAAUCGUGAGUCAGGAAGUAUGCAUGUGCAGAGAGUGGAGUGUAAUCUGUCUGUGAAAGAUGUGGGGUACACUUUUAACAUUUAAAUCUAGUUUAGUGACACUCUCAUAGCAGGUUGUAGGGAUUCAGGAGACCUAUUUUCUCUCCACUCUCACACUAUUUCAGUCUUUCUCCAUCAUGUCUCACCCACUCACUCCUCCUCCUCCUACUCCCACUCUUCAGUAAAUCCUUCCCUCUUCCCGUCUGAUCACCAGAGGUUUUAUGACCAACUGUCCUAGAUUUGCAAUUUUAGCUAUAUUUAAACCUGACUCCUAGCAGAAAACCAUCUGGGUUUCAGUCAAAAGUUCCCCCCUGGUUUUGUACUAUUUUAAAGUAUAGUAUAGUAUAGUAUAGUAUAGUAUAGUAUAGUAUAGUAUAGUAUAGUAAAAUGAAGUAUAGUAUAGUAUAGUAAACUACAGCAUAGUAAAAUGAAGUAUAGUAUUGAAUUGUACAGUAUAGCAUAGUCAUGAAUUGUACAGUGUAUUACAGUAUAGUAUAGUAUAGUAUAGUAUAGUAUAGUAGAGUAUAGUAUAGUAUAAUAAAGUAUAACAUUGAAUAGUAUAGUAUAGUAUAGUACAGCAUAGUAAAAUAAAGUAUAGUAUAGUAUAGUACGGUAUAGUAAAAUGAAGUAUAGUAUAGUAUAGUACAGCAAAGUAAAAUAAAGUAUAGUAUAGUAUAGUACAGUAUAGUAAAAUGAAGUUUAGUAUUGAAUAGUACAGCAUAGUAAAAUAAAGUAUAGUACAGUAUAGUAAAAUGAAGUAUAGUAUAGUACAGUACAGCAUAGUAAAAUAAAGUAUAGUACGGUAUAGUAAAAUGAAGUAUAGUAUAGUAUAGUACAGCAAAGUAAAAUAAAGUAUAGUAUAGUAUAGUACAGUAUAGUAAAAUGAAGUUUAGUAUUGAAUAGUACAGCAUAGUAAAAUAAAGUAUAGUACAGUAUAGUAAAAUGAAGUUUAGUAUUGAAUAGUACAGCAUAGUAAAAUAAAGUAUAGUACAGUAUAGUAAAAUGAAGUAUAGUAUAGUACAGUACAGCAUAGUAAAAUAAAGUAUAGUAUUGUACAGUAUAGUAAAAUGAAGUUUAGUAUUGAAUUGUACAGUAUAACAUAGUCAUGUAAUAUAGUUUGGUAUAGCUUGGAAUAGCACAGUAUAGAGUAGUGUAGCAUUGUAUAGUCUUGUAUAGUCUUAUAUAGUAAAACAUGGUAUGAUAUAUCAUAGCAUAGCAUAGAAUAAUGUAGUAUAAUAUAGGAUAGUGUAGCAUAGUAUAGUAUAUUUUAGUAUAGUAUAGUAUGGUUAAGUAUAAUAUAGUAUAGUGACACAUUUCCUGUUACAGUAUAGUAUAGUAUAGUAUAGUAUAGUAUAGUAUAGUAUUGUAUUGUAUUGUAUAGUAAUUGUAUAGUAUAGUGCUAUGUUUCUUGUUACAGUUUAGUAUAAUAUACUGUAGUAUAGUAUAGUAUAGUAUAGUUUAGUUUAGAAAAGCUUAUUAUAGUGUACUUGGGUAAAAUUUAGUAGAGUAGUAUAGCAUUGUUUUGUUCAGUAUAGCAUAGUUAAGUAUUGUUGAGUUAAGAGUAUUACAACACAAUACAAUGGAGUAUUUAAGUUACAGUGGUAUAUUUUAGUAUUAGAUACAGUAUUGUUCAGAAUAGUCCACAAACUGAAGAAUAUUCCUGCAGUUGUUUUUUGUACGCUAUGGUUUAGAAUAGUUAAUGAAAAUAUAGUGUAGUUCAGCAUAGUACAGUAUGGUAAAGUAAAUUGUAGUAUUGCAGAGUGAUGUUUCAUCAAAGUAUUAUUUUGUGUAAUAUAGUUUGGUACAGAACAGGACAGUUAAGUAUUGUGUAUCGUGUUAUGUAGUAUCAUUAAAUAAUGUUUUUGUUGAAUAAAACAUGAUUUAAUAGAGAACUUUGGUAUACACUGAUCAUGGUUUGAGUCCUUCAUGCUUUUUAUUCAUGAAAGACAAAAUGUCAGCAUGAACUGGUGUUUGGCUAAAUAGUAUAGUAUACUGUAUACUGUAUACUGUAGUAUAGUAUACCAGCCCAAAAUAAAUAUGAACAUGUGUCAAAACACACAUGCAUAAAUGUAUAUACAAAGUGGCCCAUAAUAAAAUGCAUGCCAAGCUGCCACGGUUAACCAGUCAAAUCUGUAAUGUGUGAUCUCAUGCUGACAUCCUUAAUUGCCAUCAACUCAGGGCGUCCUAACUGGGCAGACAUUUGUCCUGCAGCACUCCUCCUUCAACCUUUAUUCUCUCUUUUCCUUCAAGUGUUUCAGCUUUAUUUAUUUUUUUUUUUAAUGCGUCAAGCAAAUGUUAAGAAUGUUGACGUGUACAGUCAGCACCAUACUGUAUAUUUAUCUGAAGUCCUGCUGGUAUAAAUGGAAGUAAAUAAGACCAGAAGUACAGGUUUCUGCAGUUAAACUCAAGCAGCACUGUGUGUGGCAGCCUCAGGACAGCAAGAGGUGAAGGAGGAACCAAGACUGAGUCCCCAUGCGUGAGGAGCAAGGUUGUUUCCAGGUCAGCUGCUCCUCAGACCUCCAUGCUGUCCAAACAGUGGAUCCACUUCAGUACUCAGCUCAGCCAGGGCCUUCCCUCCUUUUUUUCCUCCAUCUCUGUCCUGCCCUCCAGUUGUUCCUUCACAUGUAGAUCAAAUACUGCUCUCUGAUGGAGCGUAAGGCCCUCUUCUACUCCGCCUUUAGAAUAAAAUUAAAGUGCUCUCAGGGACUGAAUCCACUUGAUUAGACCCUAACUCAAAUCCACUCCAUUCUCCCUCUCUCUCUCUUCCUGUCACUCUUGCUCUCUCACUCUAGCAUGCUCAUGCACAUGCAUGCUCUCUCGCUUUCUGGACCCCUGCUGAGUCUGAGAUUGAAGAAUAGGUCAGAGAAAUACUUCAGUGUUAUUGCUGGGUUUGGAUGCAUUGUUGAAGUCAUAAGAUGAGGUGUUGUGAGUUUUAUUUUGAGUAUUUGCAGUCAAGUCACAGCGGUGGAGAGAGUAUUUUCUUUGACCUCUUCCCUCAUGAUUUUAAAGUACGUUUUCAGGAUAAAAUAAAGAUUAAAUACUCAAAAAAUGCAAGAAUGAAGGUCAUAUGAAUAGCAAACCUGAACUUGGAGGAAUGAUUUCAAAGUAUUUACUUCUUACAUCAUCUUUUGUCCUUUUUUCCCUUUUCUCUCUGUCUUCAUCCUUAUUUUUAUGUGAUAUCGAUCGGCUGUAGAUCCCAUGUGUGUCUUCAGUAGUCUGAAAAUCUGAACCACAGUCUGCAGCUUUCUCCAUUUUCUCCCCUACCAGCCUUGCCUGGGCGAGCCCACUGUCUGCUCACAUUAUUAUGUGUGUCCCAUCUCUGGGCCCUGCCCCGAUACGUCAGCAGAUCUCACUGUCGCUGAUCUGUGGCUUCAGCUCGGGCUGGUCUCACACAGUCACUGCAGUGGUCACUUCACUGUCCAAAUACACAUCUGUGUGAGCGAGAAAUGAAUGUACACGUUUAACUUGAAUGCAUUAUUGAUACCAUUUGAAAUGUGUGUGAUUUCAACAACAAAACAAAGACCCUUUGAAAUGCAUUGAUAUCUUUUUGCAAUGUCUGCAAGUAGAGCCUACAGUACAUCUCCCAUAAGGCUGUUCACUGUCUACAAAGUACACUGACGAUUUAAAGUGAUGAUUUGAACAGCUGUUCUCACUCAGGUUUUAUGAUGCAAAUGCUUGUCUUAUGUAAUGUGUUGCAAGUUUUAUGUUGUCCCAGGCUGCAUGCGCCGGCAGUAAUGCUACAAUUGUGUGUGUCCAUGCAGGUUUGUGAUUGGCCGAGAGCGUCCAGGUCAGCAGAGCGAGGUGGCCACUCUCAUCCAGCAGACCCUGGAGCAGGAGAGGAGACAGAGGGAGCUGCUGGAGCAACAGUACGCCCACUAUGACGCCGACGAUGAUGAAGUAAUGACCACACUCAUCAGCCUUUACAUCUCAGUGCAAAAAAAAAAUGUGCAGAGAGAAUUGUGGGAAAUUAAGUUAAAUCCUUCAUAUGUCUGAAAUGUGACUAGAGAAAGUCGCUGCGCCUAAUUAGAGGAAUGUCAUAUUAACUCAAAAGAGAUCAUGAGACUUGCUUUGGUACACACGCCUCACACACAUGACAUGACACUUUAUUGCAAAAAUAAGGCUGCUGGUUGUCGCUUCAAUGUAAAUGAGCUUCCUUCUCAUGACAGUUGGCUGCAAUUUAUAGCUUAUUACUCUGUAAAACUGACUGACAGGAGGCUUUGAUGCUGACAUGCCGAACACACACUCCCUCACACAGAAUACCAUGCAAGCUUCAGUCCUCGAAAGCAUCACUCAGCGUUUCCCCCCCUCUGAUUCGGCUGCUUACUCACAGCACGUUUAAUCCAACAGACACUGAGCUCAUGGCCCUGCAAGUCCUGCCACCCAAAUGUGUGCGUGUGUGCAAGCUACGCACACACGCACACUGUAUACAGGCAUGAAACUGCACACUGUGGUGCUGUAAAUUAAUGCAACGUGUCCUCACCGCUACACACAGGGAUAGCUGCACUCAUGCAUGGAUUUACAUGCACACAGACACACACUGGGAUGUCUCUCUGUAUCGUCUAAAGUCUUUUAUGUACUUGCAGAUGAUGGAUUGAGAGACUUCAUCGUGCAUAAGAAACCCUAGAAGCUGAACCCAGUUGGCCCAUAAUCAUAUCCCUGUACGUGUGUAACACUGUCAGCUCAUAUUAAAGCUCCUACACAGUGUUGGGGCUGCAGAGCACACAAAAAAACCUCCCUGUCUAUUUUUCUUCCUGUUUCCUGCCAUGAUUUCCUGCUCAGUGCGAAUAAUGAAAAUCAAAAUAAACGUAGGAGGACAUCGUUUGAAUAGACAUCCUGCGACUUAUCCCCACUAGGUCACCCUAACAGGAGAAUGAAGAUGGUGGUGAAAGUGUCAGUCCAUACAUAGAUAACAAAUAGCUGUAAACACACACUUGAAAUCUGCCACAGUGGAGAACAAAAGCAGCCGUAACUGCCUACGUAACUGCCAACAGGGUAAACAGUUACAAAACCAUUACAGGGAUCUAUGGGGCAAUAAAAGGAGCUCAUCAAUAUUAAUAACUCUAUAAAUAUUAGAAGGAGUUCUCACCAGGUGGGCGGGGGUGGGAGGUUGUUUCUCACUCUCAGGGCUUCCAGCAAGGAUGUGACAGACAGCUCUUUAUCGGCACAGGGGCUGCUGUCCCAGGAGGGAGGGAUGCUCCUUUAGUUAGCAAGACACAAAACACACACACACACACACACACACGCCAGUCUGUUUGUGUGUCUAUGUCACAGUUAACCACAAAAAUACAGGUGGGAAAAGAAGACGCAUGCUGACCUUUUCACAUUCAAAACAGGGCUGUCAAAUUUUUUUUGUGUCAGCGAGAGAGUUUUUAGCAGCUCUGAGUGACGAUAAAAUACUGAAACAUACUGAAAUUCAAGAUUUACCUUGAAUCCAAAAACAAUAUUAGAGCUUGUGUGUCUUUGGAUUACAAAUCAACAGAGCACUUAUUUAAGAUAAGAUAAGAUGUUCCUUUAAUAGUCUCACGGGGGUAAAUUCCAAAUUUACAGCAGCAUAGUACAGAUACAAAAAGAGAAAAUUAAAGGAUAAAGAAACUUCGAGUUAUAAACUUAGUUAUAAAACUUAUUUCUUAUAUAUUGUAAAUAUAUAUAUUUAUAUUGAUGCCUUUUUUUGAAAGACAGACGCAAACAAGACUAUGAGUGACAACACUGAUGAGUUUUAAACUGUAAUUUUUAACAUCUGAGACCAGUGUUAGAAGAAGAAGAACUUUAUUCAUCCUGGAAGGGAAAUUCAAUAGGGGGUUGGUGAAAAUUUUAACAGUAAAUAUUCAAAAAAAAAAGUAGCCAUUUCUUGGUAAAAAGUCAGAUGGGUGAGAUUUUUGUCAAAAUGCAUGACUCAAGUAUGUAGAGGACAAGCUAAACAAGGACUGCUUUUUCCAUAGGGGGGAGCCAAAACAAACCAAAAGUUCUUCAUUGGAGCUUAAACGCUCGCCCUCUUUGAAACUUGUUAAUUCAAACAGAUAAAAACCGUCAAAAAGAAAUAAUGUAAUCGAAGUAAAACCAGGAAGAAAGUACUGCCGGUCUAGCUGGUAAUCUGUAUUAAUAUAAAGCUGAUAAACAUGCAUCUUAAAGUGAAGACAUGAGGCUCCUGUUGCCUGAUGCUUUGCUCUGAAGAACCAGAAUGUGUUUGACUUCUGAGCUCAAUCCUGAUACAUCCUAUCACAUCCUCCUGUCUGAGCAGCAGCCUUUUCCUUCAGUGCCUGACAUCCAACAUCAUACUUAUACGAGACAUUCAUUUUGUUGAUCAUCACACUGAGCGCCCUCUAAACAACAAGAUUUCACCCGAACUCGUCCUCUUCCUCUCCUGAUUCCUCAUGCGUGCAGUCAGCGGCAAUGCAUUUAUCAUAUGCAAAUUGAUGUUUGACUGCCCUCCCAUGCGCUCGAUUGUUAACUCCACCUUCAGAAAACGGGGCCUGUAACGUAGGAUGCCGGCACCAUGGCAACAAGCAAGCCUAUUAUGGAAUGGAAAUGGAGCUCUGCGUUGGCCAUGCAUGCAAACAAAUCAGGCCUGAGCGCCGUUAUCUGAGUUCAGAGAUAGAUGGAGGGAAGUGAAGGGAAAGAGAUGAGUGGAAGAUAGAAGCCAAGAUGAUGAGAGAGGAGAUGGGAUUGUGUAUCAGUGUGUGCCUGUGCAUGCACUCCAAGAGUGUGUGACGAAUUAAGACAGAAUGACAAAUAAGUGCAGAAGAUGUAUUUAAGACCAAGGAAGAUAAAGUAUCGCAGCACUAGGAUCAGCGGGAUCUGCUUAAUAAAAUGUACACAUGCUCAUUAUCGUUAGUGCAAUUCACUUAAUCCUAUUUGUCUUAAACUAAUAUUUACAUGCAGAUGAUUAAAUGGGAUCUUAUUCCCAUGAUUGGCUCGCUCUCAACGAACUCUGACUAAUUGAUCGGAAGAGGGAAAGUAGGAUAGGAUGGAUGGUUGCGUGAUGUUGAGAGGGAAGCAGAGAUGUUUUCUCACAGGCUCUGCUGGUCCUCGUCCAAACUCUGAAUCAACCGAUCCAUUUUUAUCCGACGCCUAAUGACCAAAGCCAACAAUCAUUAGACUGUAUUUCCAGAUCGGAGGAAAGAAAAACUGCAGAGCACACACACAGCAUGAUGAUGGCCUACAUUAGUGUCAGAGCUGAAAAGGUUUAAUAUUUUAACCCUGUGGAAGAUUUGAAUGACUUUUUUAAAUUUUUUAUUAAUUUUUUAUUUUUUUAAUUUAGUUUUUAUUUAUUGUAUUUACUUAUAUGUUCAUCUAUUUAAAAAAAUUUAAUUAUUAUUUUCUUUUUUUCUUUUUUUUUUUUUUGAAUGACUUAACGUAUAUUAGUUGAAGUUUUAUUUUGAAUCCCCAGCUUAUUUUACUGGGUAAAACCUCCCUUUACAUGACGUGAAACCUCUGUACACUCGAGGCAAGACGGUGACUAAUGUUUAAAUAAAAUCAAAGUGACAUUCAGAUUUGGCAAGUACAACUUCUUCUCUUGGCUUAUCUUUUAUAGAAACGACACUCACAGCUGACCAGGCUGUCAGAGCGAUUUAUUUAUGUCCAAGACAUUUAAGUGGGUUACCUUCAGUCUUACAUAACAAGGGGCAUGAAAGGAGCAUUAUUUAUGUAAAAAGUGAUGUUUAAAAAAAGGUUGCAUGUGUAAAACGGAGGGGUUUGUGCUUCUGCUUAACAUGCGAUGUGCAGCAGGUAGAGAAACAUGAUGCAGCGUGACUGGUGUCGCUAAAGGGAGACAGAUGAGACAGGACAGAGAGAGGAACGACAAACAGAUGCAGCUUGAUGUGAGACGGUCUAGUGACAGUCAGACAUCCUCUGUUCAGGCUGUUUGGCAGCCUCCAUGUUUAUUUAUGCUGCCCAGAAUCAUAAAACACAAUUUGUCUCAGAGGCUUACAGUCUGCACAGCAUGCAACAUCCUCUAUCCUUAGUCCAAGAUCAGGAAGAAUUCGCCCAAAAUAAUCCUGAGGGUGCUGCUUUAGCUCAGUUGGCAGAGCGUGUGCCCCAUAUACAGAGGCUACAGACUGUCGCACGGUCGCUGGUUCAACUACCGGCCAUGACCCUUUGAUGCACGUCCACCCAACAUUUCCUCUCUCUCUUAGGGUGUUUGGUCAAGAAAAGGCACAAAGUCCAAAGUGAACCAUAAAAAUGCAGUGAUUAUAAAGAAAAAGAGGAGAAACCUUUAUCGCAUUGAUUCAGAGUGAAGCCCAAACACAGAUUACACACAUGGCAAAGCCUCCUGCACAGGUCUUAUAGAUUAUAGCUAGCUAAUCGAUCCCAGAACCUACAGAUUGUGAUACAACAACGCCAGAGCCUCUGGUAGCAAAUUUUGGCACUUCCACACAAGCUGUUUUUCAUGCACAGUUUCCACUGAAAGACCAGUGGACAAUAGGUAUGAGAAAUAUGGGCGAUAAUUCCAAUCUCUAUUUUUGACUCAUUUUGUCUUCAGAACACUGGUUGGAAUAGUCAAAUAAGAUACUGAACCACAAGUUUGAGCGGUAGGUUAAGGAGAAAAUUAACGACAUCAAACAAGUCUCAAAUAUGAAAACAUUUUCAAUAUUUGUUGAAAACUCUUAUUGCACAGAGUGAACAGCAGCAGAUCGACUGUCCAAUGUCAGGCAAUCCUGAAGGAAACCCCUCAUGUGUAGCCUCAUUCUUUAUUACCUUCAGCCAUGUUUGUUUGUUAUUCUGCUCUGUGUGGGCUAUGGCUGCGAGUCCAUCACUCAUGCUUACGUCAUCAACUUGCAUUUAUCGUAUUUAUCAUGAGAUGGCAAAUAUUUAUCAUGGAGGAUUUUUCUGACGAUAUAUCGUAAGGGGGUUAAUUGCACAUCCCUAGUGGACGAUAAUGUUUUCCUGCUGUACAACAAAUAAAAAUCAGAUACCAAAAUCUCAACAAUCUCGUAGUUUUUUGUACACUGAUACUCUGUGUUGUAUAAAAAAGUUAAAACACAAAAGUUAAGUUACGUAGAGGACAGUAGUCUCUCCUGCCUAUCUCCGAUCUGCAGCAGAGACGACUCCAUGUCUGACUUUGCCUUUUGUUUCCUCUUACAGCAGACAGGCGAGUACGCCACAGAUGAAGAGGACGGAGGGACAACAGUGGCCGGUGGGGACAAGAGCAUCGAGGUGUUUGAUUUGCCAGAGUCGGAGGACAUCUUGUCUCCCUCAGAGUUAGACACCACAAAACUCUACCAGAAAUUCAGAGAGGUAAACUCAGACUUUUUAAAAUGAAGAUCACAAAUCAGAUGAGAGUAAUCUUAAGAGAAUAAACACACCCCUCUGAAACAGAAUACAACAGGCACAGAUACUACGAGUGAUUUAAUCAAUCAACAAAAGCUGCCAACACAAUAGAGUCUGGCACACGCCCACUUUACUCUGCAGAGUUUCAUUCUUUAGUAAAGAUCUGAGAUCCGCUUACUCUCCUUAAAUCCUAAUCUGGAUGAUUAGAGGCACGAAUACAAAAGCCUCCUGCUCAUUUCUCCUCUAAUUACCCAUAUUUGGUUAAAACCUUCAGAUGAGGAGAACCCACUUACACUUGAAACCUAAAUUUGAAUGGAUUUGUAUCCCGAUUUUGGCAUCUCUUCACACAGCCGGCCUCUGAGAGUAGAAAAUCAUUUGGUUGAACUUUUGCUACGUGCACGAACAAAGAGCUUUGUUGAAAACAGCUUUAAAGCGAAAUUAAUUCAUUGACUACAGCCGCCAUCUUUAUUGUUUUCAGGCCGCUGGGAAGCUUAUGUUAUUGACUGAAACUUACAGCGCCGUUAUUUGGCUCUUCUGGUACAAUACCUGUUUGACACUUUUAACAAAUGUGCUCAGCUGCACUGCAGGCACCGCAGGAGAUCUCUGGAAAACUAUAAUGUAAUCUCUGCUCACAGGACAUAUAUAUUUGAUCAGUUUUUCUCAUUUCCUCUGGACCUUGACCUUUCCCUCUACCUAACAGCUUUUAUUUACUCUCCCAGGUUUAAAACGCUCCCUGUUUUCCACUUCCUCUCCUCUCUCUGCUGACUCUAACACCCAAGGAAAUGCAAAGCCAUGCAGCAGAAUUACAAGCUCUUUCUUUUUUUGUCCUCCUAAUGUGUUUUCGUAAAAGUAUUAUUCCCCAACAGGCUGCUGUUCAAGUCCAUUUACUUUUUGAUGGUGUCUCGAGACGUCUCGGAGAAAUUAUUAAUGGAGAAGUCUAGACAGAAGCGGGAUUGACUGAUAAUCUUCUCAUGUAGGAAUAUAGAAUAAAAGUCACAAGCUUUAUAAUCAUGACAUGCAGAAAACUUAGUUUGCUUUUUAAAGUUUUUCCAAGCGUCUGACUGAAUCACAACAAUAUCAUGAAAGCGAAGUGAGGAAAACAGCAGCCAUUUUUUACGAUAAAGUUAAAUCCACAAAAGGAUGUUUGCUCAUUUUUGUUACAAAUGUUCCCCAAAGUUGUGUAUCCCUUCAUCCCCUUUUCCUUUAUUUCCGCCUCAUUUACUAAAGUCCUCAUUUGCUCUCAUUUCCACAUCUGUUGUUCCUCAUCCACUCCUCUUUCUCUUUCUUUUCUGUUCUUAGCGUCAGCUUUCUUCCUCUCUGCAUCUGCCUCUAAACAGCUGUUUAUCUCAACUUUCAUAACUCUUUGUUGCCCUUUCUUCAUAUCAAACCUCAUCAAUCUAAAAUUCAACACUUUUGAAAAUGUUUCAUCCACUUUGUCUUGGUUUUUUACAUUUUUGUUCGUACUGAUUUCUCAUAGAGUUGGGUUAAAUUUCAUUUAAUACUUCUCCGUCCAUCCUGAGCUUUUCCUCAGCUUCCCUCUGGGAGUGUGUGUCAGUGCUGGAGCCGGGACGCUGUCAGGGGAAGGACAGGGUCGGCUGCCUCUGUCCGUCACGCUGUAUCGACAGUGGAGAGAGCCUGCGCAGCCAUGCAUCUGAUUAUCUGACCGCCCUCUCUCCUCUCUUCUUCUUCUUCUUCUUCUUCUCGCCUCUGCUCCUUACAGCUCCAGAUCAAACACACAGUGACCGAGGCCGAGAUCCAGAAGCUCAAAAACAAGGUAAGAGCUUCAAACUGUUGGUGUGUGUGUGGGCCGUGUCGAUGUGGGAGUAAAUGACAAAAGUCAGAGUUCAAAAUGUUGGUAAAUAGAUUUGGACUGGAGAAGAAGCGCAGGAGCUUUAGAGACGAAUCUUGUCAUUAUACGUUUAUUUUAUUGAGACCGAGCUUUUGAAGGGGUCAGUUUUUGUUCAAGAAGAGGUUGCAUGCUGUUCUGUUAUCGUUUGUACCCAAAACAAAAGUCUGUCGUUGUAAUUUAAGCAGGAAUGAGUCAGUUAGUCCUCUCAUGACUUGCUUGAAUUCAAAAGCUUUAUCCCAAAAAUUAUACAUGUAUACAUCUCCUGUAUAUAUGCAGAACAAAUGUAUAUUUACUUUCUUUGUGUUUCCAGUUGGCGUCCGUGGAGAGAGAGAAGCAGCGCUGGGAGAAGGAGAAGAGCCAGCUGAAGGCCAGCAUCGAGGAGAACAAGGAGAGGAUGCUGAAGCUGGAGAGCUACUGGAUCGAAGCACAGACCCUCUGCCACACGGUCAACGAGCACCUGAAGGAGGCCCAGGCACAGUACCAAACUCUGGAGAAGAAGUACAACAAGGCCAAGAAGCUCAUCAAGGACUUCCAGCAGAAGUAAGACAGCCGGACUUUCAACACCCUCUGACAGAGGAGUAAAGGGAAUAUUUAAGGGCUGUUAUUUUUAACAGCAGAGAUGUAAACGUAAACCUGGAAUAACUUGGUAAAAAUAUUAAAUCUGUUUAUUUACAGCAUUCGUUUUAUUCUCAUGGCACCUAAUUCAAGAGAAUAAGAUAAUUCAGUGAUGUUUUCUGCAGAGGAUAUGUUGAUUUUAAGCUCAUUUUUAAGUGACAAAAGCCCUCACACACACAAGCUUUUGAAGACUUUCCAGUCACUCAUGAAGCCUGUUAUUUCACACUCAGGUGUCUCAGUUGUCAGUUUCAGACUUUGUUCAGGUAAAAACAGGUGGUUAAAAUGUGAAAACCCACCUUGAUCAUGAUUUGAUCUCUGUCAGCUUGUUGACACCUCUGUCUUCUCUCUUCUUCUUUCUCUUGUGACAUUCAGAUCAGACCUGUCAGCCGUCACAUUUUAAAAUCAUUUAAUGCUCUCUGAAGACUUAUUUUUCUCCAGCUCUGUCUGCAUGACUCGCUCAUAGAGGCACUUAAAAGCUUGAAAUGAAAGAUUACAACUCCUACACAUCAGGCAUGUUCAAAGAGGCAAACUCUGCCUUAAAAAAUUCAUUAUUUCAGAUACCCUGCUCUCUUCAUUUUACCAGAACAGAGAAUAUCGGAUGCACCCAGCAGCUCUUUGUGCAGCCAAAGUCUUUUCCCGUUUCAGCUGCAGGAGCUGAGUUUCCAUUCUUAUGCAGCGCAGCGUUCCUGCUUUUCUGUCUGCUGAUCUCUUUGGUCAGUCCCAUCACAACCUCUCCUGCUCAGCUCCAGUCUGACUGCCUCUAAUUGGCUCUGGCCCUGCAGGCCAACUGGAAGCCCACCGAUGAAACAAAGACUUCAUGCUGAUCUUAAAGCAGCGGUCUGCAAAGGAGAGAUGGCUGAGUAACCGAGGGCUAAAUAGGCUCGAGGGAAGGGAUGAUUUGGAGGUCAAUUAAUUCAUGUUUUUUAGCAGGAGAUAUGUGUUUAUGUUUGCUUUAACUGUUGGUUAAAAGUUGAAAUAAGUCACAGUAACAUUUUAAACAACCUCCCGAGGCAGUGCCACGCUCCAGAACAUGCACACACACGCAAACGCAUCAUGUUUUCCCAUGCUGACACGCAUCCACUCAGCAUAUCUCCAUCUCCCCUCCCUCUUUGUCUCCUCAGAGAGGUGGAGUUUAUCCAGAAGGAGGAUGCAGAGAGGAGGCGGCUGGAGGAGGCUGAGAAAGCUCAUCUGGCUGAGAUCCAGGGCCUGCAAAUCCGGGUAAUUUAGGAUCUUUUUUGAAGUGUCUUUUCUUCCAGCUCCAUCUUUCUCUGCGUACUUUUCUAUGCUUUAUUUGUUCUGCAUAUGUCUGCAAAAAUCAGCUUAAUGGCCUCUGAAGAAAACAGCACAGCCUGUAGUGAAAAUAAACUAAUGAGCGGUGCAGUUCAUCUUCCUGCUUAAUGAUCAAGAUCGUUUGGUUUGACACAUUUCAUAUAUUUGCAGCUUUUUUCUUUCACUGCAAAGACUAACAAUGAGUCGGAGGAGCAGACCCAGAUAUCAAAAUGAUCAUAAAGAUCAGUUGGUCUUGUAGCAGCACCUUGUCACGGCUGUUUCCCUCAAGAUCCAAUCAGUGACACUCCUGGCACACAGGGAAAGCUUCUCUUUUCCUGAGGCGGUGACAGCAGGUAGAUUUGGUGUCCCGGGGCCUGGAGACGUUCCUCUUGUCACACUCUGUAUUGAUUUUCUGCUUUCCUGGUCCUAAAACAUGACAGUCAUGUUGUUUUCUCUUAAGUCUCAGGCCGUGCCCCACAGUCCAAUGUGCAGUCAACCCAGCUGUGCCCUACUAUUACUCUGCACUCUGAGCACUCAUUCAUACUGCCCUGCACUGCAAGCGGUGAAUGAAGUGUUACUCUUUUACUCACCCCAAAAAAACGCGGUGCAAAUGUACCCUACACCUCUGCAGCAUGCAAUAAAAAGGGUUUUCAGCAGAUGACGUGCAUGCUUUCCAUCGCGCAGACAUUCAUGUUUCAGCACUUUGAAGCAGCUGUUUUGACAGGUAAACGCCUGCAGGUUAUUAACAUCGAUCUGCCUCUCCCCCUCCUCUCUCUUUUUACAGAUUGCAACAUUAGAGUCGGAGCUAAUGCAGCUGAUGAAGCAGAACGGCAUCCAGGUCAACAACAACAACAGCAACAGUGCUGAGAGGCUGAGUGCUCAGCAGAACAGCCCCAGAAGAGCCGCAGCGCAAGCAAGAGGUCGGUUUGUUUGGAGAAUAAUUUCAGUUAGGUUUGGUCAUGUGGAGUUCACACUGAGCUUCAGGAGUCAUAUUUAUUCAGGAGGAAAAUGAAGGAAGAAAAAGGUCACUCUCAAAUUAGUUCAGUGUUAAACUGGAGUUAGACCCAGACUCAGCUUCAUUGUUGUAUCGCUGGUAGUUGCUGGUUAGGCUGGUAAGGCUGUUGACACGGUGUUGGAUGGUUGUUAUAAUUCAGUGCUUAUCCCAUAAUAUAGUGAGCUGUAUAGUCCUGUAGAUUUAGAGUAAUUUGCCCUGAGCCUUUGAAUAACUCAGAAUCAGUCUGCCUCUAAUUAUGCAUAUGCAUUUAUGUAUCACUCUUACCCUCUAAAUGAUCAUUUUUGAUGCCUAAUAAAACUUUACUCUGUUCAGUGGUUGUAUAAUCUAACACUAUUUUAAACUACACCGUAAAUAUUAAGAGUUUUGCUGCUUAAAUGGGGAUUUUAAAACGGGUCCAAACGGGGAUUUUUGUUUUUUUGCAGCCACCCUCUAGUGGACACUUUAGGAACUGCAAUUUUUGUGCUUUCACCUUAGUUUAAUUUUUUUAACACCAGAGGUUGCAGCUUGUUUUUUUCUAAAGGUGACCAGGAACAUGCAUAUUUCUUUGCUGUGUUAAACGGGUUUCAAAGGAGCCAUAAUGUUUCCUUUGUAUACUUUAUUUUCAUAAAGUAGAUUAAACGUAAUCUGCAAGCUUUGGAGGCACUCUUUAGCUCGUUUUGAUGGGACCAGGUUAGCUGUUUGCCCUGUUACGAGUCAAACCAAGCUGACAGUUCAUACUAACUCUGUAAUCAGACAGACAGAUUAGAGUAGAUUUUACCUCUCAGUAAGACAGAGAAAGACUUUUACUGGUCUAAAUUUGUUAAAACCCAUCAUGCAACUGAGUGAUGCUGUAGCCUAAUGCCUCAGCCUCUUUUCUGGUUGUUGUUGUUGUUUGCUCAUCCCCAUGAAGGACUUUUAAUAGAUUAGUUUGUCCUGUAGCAGCUACACAAACUUAAAAAAAAAACAUAGAGGUCUAGAUUUUCUCCACUGCCUCAACCUUCACACACUCUCUGCCCUGACUGCCGCCUCACUUUAGACCUCCACCAACAAAAACAAACAUAUAAUCCUCUUAAAAGUCCUCUUGUCUGCCUUUUGUUCUCCUCCCGUCUUUAUGUCAGGCUUGUUUUCUCAGCUGUCAGGAGUGUGCGAGUGUGCGUGGAGAGGUGCCAUAUCUGAUACUGUUAGAGUUCAGAUCAGAUAAGAGAGUGAUUGGAUCUGCGAUGAUGUGUAUGAUGCAGCUCAUUAAGCAAUACCACAAAGGUGGAAGGGGGGAGAGGGGGUGUGUGUAGGAGGAGAAGACAAAAUGAGCUGAAACGAUCUGUCAGAUGUAGAUUAUUUCAGUUUUUGUCAGCUCUGACAGCAUCUUCUUGUGCACUCAGGGAAUAUGCAGAAAAAACAUACUAAUUACAAGUCUUAUCAACCGUGUCGCUUUUGGGGGAACUUGAGUUAAUUUGCUUCUCUAUAGACUUGUACAAACAGCAGCAAAUGUAGGUGCAGGCGAAACUGAAAGUUCCUAGAUAAGAAAAAAACACAUAAUUGAUGCAAAAAUGUCUCUGCACUAUACAGAUUCAUCUGUUUUUGUCGUUAUUUUUCUGUCUGUGUGCCUCCAGACCUGAGGGAGGACUCUGCCCACUCACCCAGCAAAAAGAAAAGCUACAGAGUCGUCGGCCGAGACAGCAUCAGCUCCACAGAGGGGGAGGUUUGUACAGUAAAAUAACACGCAAACAUCAGUACUACACUUUAAAAUAGUUGACUAAGUUUAGUUUUGAGCUCCUUAAUUCUCAUUAGAUAUGACUUUUAACACGACUCUUUAUUCGCCACAGGGUUUUAGAUCAGUGUGAGGGUCUAUCAGCCUGCUUUUGUCUUUAACCCCUGUCCAUUCCACUUUACUUCUUUAAUGGAUUAAUUGCCGUGUGUUGCUCCGCGACACUAAUCGACUCUGUCACAACUUAUUGUCUCUCCCGGUGUGAUAAUAACAGCCAGGGUCUUUUUUCUGGAUGAGAGCUUUUUGUCUGGCUGAUGCUGUCACUUUACCCAGCCAGAGCAGGAGUGAGUUCAGAUCGGUUAUAGAACCAGAGAGCUGGAUCAGAAUUGGCAGAAGAGCAGGGAGAAGGGAGUGUGGCGCUCUCAGGCGAAAAGAGGGCGAGGAUUUAGGGAUGGUGGAAGUAUGUCAAGUGACUUCUUUCAGAUUAGUCUGCAGCCCUGGAUGUUAACAUCCCUUUUCCCUGGUUGUAGUUCAGUCAUUCUUUCCUUUUUGUGUCCACAUCUGUCUGCCGUGUCAGAUGUUUGAUUUCUUGGCUUCAUCUUACCUCCUAUCCUGCCACCUUUCAUUUACCUUAUCUGCUUCAUUCCUCAGGUCUCGGAGUGGCACAGCAGUCCAGCCCACAGCCGUUCAGGUUCCAUUCGAAGCACGGCUCCCGGCAGCGCAGAAAGCUCGCCCAGACGAUCGCUGCACACUCCGUCCUCUGCUGGAGUCCUCCAGGAUGGUAAGUACAACAUCUGCACCUGAAGGAUGAAGAUUUCUCUCAAACAUCUGUGACACUGCACAAAUGAAAUCCAAGUUUUUCUCACACUUGAUGACGGUGUAUUCUCACCGGACUAUUUCUGAUCUCAGGUUCUCAGUCUCCUGCAAAGUCGAGCCCCUCUCGCAGUCUGGAGGAACGCAACCAGGCGCUGGAUCCUGGGUGAGAAAGCAGAUGCUGGAACUUGUUUUAACACAAUGAAACACACAGACUUUAAUGCUGCUUUGAUUUAACACUGAAGUAUAAAGGUUUUUAAUUAAGUUUAGGGUUUUUUUGUAGACUUUGUGGUUAAAAAGAAUGAACAAGCAUGCAGGAUUAGAAAAAUGAGCAUAAUGUGAAAGACUGGCCCUCUUCACUGGCCUCUGUACAAUGCCUCACCCAAGAUACAUGUGAUUAAAGAUAUUUUGAAGCUAUAACAGAAAAAGUCAUUUAAAAUUAGAAGGUAAAUGACAUUACAAACAUGCAAACUAAGGACUGAGUCUUUCAAAUGCUCAAGAUAACACACAUUGUCUUCUCCUUUUGUGUCCAAAAUAGAGGGUGGAGGAAAAUGCAAAUAUCUUAGUGUCGCACACAGUUAGUGAUUCACUCAGCCUGAAAAUAUUCUUUGUGAUUGUGUCUGAAUAUAAUACCUUUGGGGGGAAAAAGGCCAGGCACAGCGCUGACCAGCAGCCCUGUGCAUGCCAUGGGGGCCCGUCUGAGCGCCCAUGCCACAGAGGACACAGCUCACACCUCCUGUGCCAAAGAUAACAGUCUUUAUCUUCAAGAGCUGCAGACUGUCUUUAGGGCCUGCAUCAAAUGUCCACAUAAACUGAGCACUUUCAGCUGACUUUCUCAUGUGUACACUCCAGUAUCUUCUUCUUUUUUUAAUAUUGUUUAUUUAUAAUCUUUGUUGUGGCUCACAAAUGUAUUUAUCUCCACUUUCACUCAUACCUUUAAUUCCAUGGGAGUAAACUUUGUCUGAUUUCCACCCAAACCUCCAUAAUCUUGUCAAAUAAGCCACAAGUCUAGGGUGACCAUACGUCCUCUUUUACCCGGACAUGUCCUCUUUUUGGGGGGCUAUCCGGCCUUGUCCGGCUUUGUCUAGUGGAGUUUAUAAAUUCCUUCAAAGGUCUGGGGUUUUGAAUGAAAGUUUUGAGUUUGUGUCAUAUGGACUUAGAAGUUAGAAGCGCAUAAAAAGCACUCAGUCUGACCCGGAAAACUCAAAAUUAACUACGCGUGACUCCACAACUCCGCCUCCCGCGUAGUCGUCUUCUCUUUUUGGGGAUUCAGAAUAUGGUCACCCAACACAUGCCAUUUAUGCAGUUCUUAGUUAGUCACCUGCAGAGCACACACCGAAUGAAUGUACAAUUUGUGGAAAUCUACUUUCAGUUAAGUACUUGCUAAAUCUCUGUAAAUCAGGCCCAUAGCAUUACAUAAAGAGUAAUUUAUGAGACAGAGGAGAGUGCCCACACGCUGCUACGAUAAAUAAUGAUAAAUCAUUUGUUAACAAAGCACCAAAAAGAGACCGUCAAGCAGAACUUUACUCUGUUCAUAUCAGAUAAAUCACAUUUUCUCACUCUGUCUCUGCUCUGUUCAGGUCCCCCCUCAGGAAAACUACACUGAAGGAAAAAGAUCCCAGAGCAUCGCCAGGAAACAGGUAAAAAGGAGAAGCAUGACAGUUCACGUUACAAUCCUGCUGGCAUUUACUGACAAAAGGUUACAAAUCAAAGGUUACAUAUUUGAUAUUUAAAAAAUCUUCCCUUAAUGAAUCCAGGUCGACAAACUGUCAAAAGGAAAGUACAGUUACAGUCACCGUUUACCUCUCUCUCUCUCUCUCUCUCUGUCUCUCAGCUCCACAGAGCCGUCUGCAGAGGACAGUCCACAGAAACUCAAGGCCAAGGUACACAAGUGUUGGCAGCUGUACAAUGAUCAAAUAAUGAUUCACUUUACAGACAAUUUACAGUCAGGACAUUGGGGACACUUUGUUUCUGCCUCUGUAAUGUAAUAAUGAGUACAGUCAGAUCAGGCUGUCUGCCAGACCUUCACUCUAAUACUUUCUGUACAGAGUUUAAUGCCAUGUGUCUUUUUUAUGUAUUGUUUCAUUUCUGUCAAACAGAACUCUCUUACAUGGCCACACUUCUUCUCCUAUUCCUAUUAUUUGGUAUUGUAUAUGAAUUUAUUCAUCUAUUUUGAUUGAUUAUAAGACAAUCUGCUGAAAUGAGAGUCUCUGAGAGGUAAAGGAAUUGUUAAAAAAGUUCACUGCAGUUACAGGAAUUUGUGACUGUACUAGUUUAAUGUUAAACAAAUCAACUUUUUAUGUCUUUUUUAAUUCUGCAGAUUGUUUAUAAUCUGACCUCUGGUUUUGGAAACACUGCUAAAAUGUGCUUGUGGGAUAGCUUGUGAUCUUUUUUGAUUAUUAAUUUCUUCUUAGAUUGUUAAUUUUAACAAAGAGACACGAAUCAUCUUGAUUUUAAUGCAUCCUUCAUCGAUGUGCCUUCUGAUGCAAUAACAUACAGGGAAUUUUUCAGUAUGGACAUCUGUUACGGUGUUUAAGCUCACAUGAGAUGAUUUAUAAUCCUGUGUAGUAUCAAACAUGUUACCUCGGGAUUGAAAAGGAGAUUAUUUCUGGUUCUGAACCUAUCCAGCUCUUUCUCUCUUUGUAGACGCAUUUAAAUCUCUGCAGAAAGUGUGCCCAGUAAUAGUUAUGUGGGGCUUUUAGGUGAAAGUCUGAAGCUGUAAGAUCACCUCAGAGUCCUGAGGUUCAAAGGGAUCAUUCCUCCUGUGGUGUAAAGCUUCAUGUAGGACAAAUCUCUACAUCCAAAACUCUUGUUCUGGCAUGAAUGUGUUCUUACACUUUCUAAAUUUUUCUCUACAGUGAAGAGUUUACACUUAAUCUGGUGACAUUUCUUGCUUCAUCAUUAAAACAUGAUAGCUUCUCUGUGAUCAGACUCAACUGUAUUUUUCAUCAGAUCACUCGCUGCAUCGCCUGUUUUUGGCUCCAGCUUGCCUUUGUAUGUUUGAUCACAGAUCUGGAUGUUAGUUCUGUAAUCCUGUUAAUGUCCCUGCUCGUCUGCACUCUCAAGGACACAGAGGAGGAGUUUUAGGAGUUGGAUAGCACCCAGAUACAUCAUUUCUAACCACUAAUCAUUUCCACAGAUUACACUCUUAUGUGACACUUAGAAAUGAAGGAUGUGCACCGUUCUGCCUUCCAGCAGUCUAUCAAAUAGCAUAAAUCAUUUAUAGCAGUCUACUGUGCUUUUUAGUGAUUGUAAAAAUAUUAGGAGGAAACUCAUCGAUCAUUCUCUUCUUCUUGAUUUAUGAACUCAUCCUCCAGUCUCUCUUUUUUUAAGAGAUCUAAUCAGCUCAGAGUUGGUUUUCUCUUACUGCCGGUCUUACUGCGUUUCUAAUGUGUUCUCAGGGACCCGUUCUGAAUGAUGAUCUGAGUGCCAGCAGCAGCAGCUCUGUGGAGAUCAGCGGCCUGAGCGAAGCCAAGAUAUCAGGACGCUCGCACACGCUGGUGCUGUCCUCAGACGAGGUAAACUUACAAUGCUUUUUGUAUUUUCAUCGAGUGAUUUUUCUUUCAAGGCAAAGUGAUUGUAGCUGUCGAGAUGAGAUGCAAAAUUCAAGAGGUUAAAAAAACACCACAUGAGAUGUUUAUCUAUUAUUCACUGUAAAAUCAAGACGAACAACAAGAGCUUGCAGAGCCAGAACUCCUUACUGCUAAUCCAGCACACAGAGGUGGCAUUUAGGAACACAGCUGUCAAUCAGCAUCAAAUAAUGAGUGAGCUCAAACUAAACUUAUAAACACAAUGAGAAAAAUCAGUGUGAGAAGAAGCUUCCUACAAAGACAGGAAACAGUGAGUCUGAUUGCCACUAAAGUAGACCAGCAGUUAAAGCUGCUAUGAGGAACUUUUGGUGUCUGCUGAUUGUGGCGCCCCCCUGUGGACAAAAGUAGCGCCUCAUGGCUUGUUCUGUAUGCGCCAAUAAUAAAGAUUUUACAGUUAAAUACAUCACUUAAUGUGAGUUCCUCACAGGAGUUUUAAUUCAGUUUAAUAUGAAUAUGUUUUUUUCAUUCCUUUAAUUACUGGAUUUGAGCUAGUGUCUGUAUAAACGUAUAAGAACAAAAUUAUUAUGGGGAUCUAAUGAUAUACGUAUAUACCUGUUAAGUUAUCAUUUUAAACAAUUUUGAUGUUGUUUAUUUCUUUGAUUAUUUGCUUUGAUAACGACAGCUGUGGCUGUCUAUGCCAUGAAAGUAUCUUAAACAUUAAGACACAGACAUGUAGACAUGUAUUUGACGUGUAUUUUGAUUUUAUAGUUUAUGAGGUAACAUUAGGGCCACAUUUAGGAUAAAGAAUAACAGAGAUUUGAAAAAUUAAGUUGUGGUACAGUGAGAAAAAAGUCUGACGAGAAAUAAGUUAUAAACUAACAAGAAUACAAGUCAAGAAUUAAAAAUUUUACAAGAUAGAAGCCUUAAAUUUACAAAAAAAAAUCUGUAGUUUACAGUUACAGGCUUUGAUUAAUACUUUUGUAAAAUAAGAAAAACAACAAAACACAUAAAUUCACAACUAGAAUCUGGUGAUCACAACUUUGUAAAUGUAAGCUCUAUCUAUGCAAAGUCAGAGCUUGAGUGUGAAUCUCCGUUUUUCUCUAACAUUACCCUAAUAAAAAAUUAGACCCAUGUCCCAUCUGUCAACAUGGAGAAAGAGGCACAAAGCCACUCAGCAGGAGGCACGCCAAUUAUUUUGGCUUUCACUUUGUCUGAGUUUUCAUAUAAAUUAUCUUCUUAUACAGUUAACACAUGAAAAGAACAUGGACUCUUAAAAGCAGUAGUCAAUAUCUUCUCAGCAGUAAACUCCAGGGUGUCGGGAAAUUUAAAACAGAAUCACCUUUAUGAUUCAGUGCUUUUUAAAAAGAAAGGCUUUACCAUCUUAUCAGAUCUCUGAAACAAAAAAAAUCACUCAAAAUGCACCACUAUUUUCCUUUUUAUUGUUGCCAGUGCCCCUAUUUGUCAUCUUAAUAGAUGUCUCUGACAGCAAAACACAGUAUCCCUUCAGCGAGCAGCUUCUCUAACAUCCCUCUGACAGAAAACAACAAGCUUAAAAUCAAUGCGCCAGUUAAGUCUCAUUGUUUUCAGAUGUUGGACUAAGCUGCUGAAGUGGAUCCCACAUUGUUUUUUUGUCUAUGUUAACAAAUCAGUUGUCUUCUCUUUGUUUCAACGCUGCAAUUGACAGAGUCUGGAUAUGAUAGAUGAUGAGGUGAGAUGGUUGUGUUUUACCUCAUGCAUGUUUCUGUGUCUGUUAAGUUUGAGUCAUUUAUCUAUGUUUCAUUCCCUCUGAAAGAGUUUCCUAUUUUUAUUGCAUGUAAGGAUUUUUCUAUGCAUGUUCCACCAGGUGAUAUAUAUUCCUACAGAUAUCAUUUUUUUUCUGUUUGACAUCAUUUAGUAUUUGUUUGCAUUCGGGCUGAGUUUUCAUUGGAGGACAGACAUUCACUGCAGGGUCAAACAUCUCACUCACCUCUUUCUCUUCCUGCUCCUAUCUGUCUUUCACUUUCUUGUCCAUUUGCAGAUCUUGGAUGAAGGACAGCUCCCAAAGCAGUACCAGUGGCAGAACCGCAGCAUUACGGAGUGGACCUCCCAGCAAGUGGCCCGCUGGCUCACAGGCCUAAACCUAGAACACCAUAUCCCAGAAUUCACUGCCAAAAACAUAGAUGGAGAACAGCUGCUGCAGCUGGAAAGCGCAGAACUAAAGGUAAAAAAGAUCAUUUUCAUAAUGUGCUCUCAUGUAGCUCAUAGAUACAUCAUGUAUCAUCAUGAUACAUCCAUGUCAGCCAAUAGCUGCUGGAAAUGACUGUAUUAUCAUAUUUGUUUUUGGAUUCUGGAAAGAAUUUUGCAUCUUGCUAACCUAUAAAAUAGCGAGUAAGUCUCAAUAAAAUAAAAGAAAAAUAUCAGAGUUAAUAUCAAUAUUUGCACUGAUGCAUUGUCUUCUUCAAUUAUUUGCUUCAGGCCCUUGGAGUUACUUCCUCCCAGGAUCGCGCCCUGAUCAAGAAAAAGAUCAAAGAUCUCAAAAUUCUGAUGGACAAAGCCAAGAGGAACCGAGAGAAACUGGAGAAACAACGCGAGAAACUACGGAAGAAAGAGCAGGAGCAGCAGCAGAAAGAAAGCGCAAUAGAGUGAUAUUGAGAAACCCUCCUGCUUUUCGUAGCACCCACACCACGUAGCAACUGGAGGAACAGAACGUCAGUAGGCCCAUGAACGAACCCUGAGGAACGCCUACUACAGUAGUUGAAAAGUUCUCAGUGGUGGAGCUACAUCCAGCUGUCUGAGAUUGUCGGGUGACUUUAUCACCAAGCAAAUUAAACCAAAACAAGCAGUUGGAUGAUGAAUGCUGCCCCAUGCAUUUGCCUGGUUUUACACCCAUUUAGUUUUUCACCAUUAAAGUAUUUACUCAGUUCUAUUUAUUUAGCUGUAAAUUUGGUUUAUUUAUUCAUACCCUGAGUCAGUCUGUCGGGAUUUCUCCUUAUUCUCAUCCAAUAUCAUCCUCAGAGCCUUCAAUGUUACCCAUCACUGCACCUUUAGAGAUAACGACGUGUACAGUGAUGAAUAAUGUGCCAUUUUGAUAGUCUUUUGUGAUGGUGGAAUAGACUGCAUGAAGCAGUACCCCUCUCUCACCACUGGGUGUCUCCAUGCUGCUUACUUUCACCUCUGGAAAAGGAACACUGGAACUGAAGCAAGUUUCACUGGGAGAGACAAAAAUCUCUGAGCGCUUGCAAGAACACUGGAAGUGCAAACACUGUAAAUUCAGACUCUGUACUAGAUUUUCCAAUUCUCCUCAAAGUAUACACGCACCAUACAAAAGAAGUACACUAAGUUUAAGAGAAGACAAGGACAGACUGUUCUCAUUGGACUGGUUCUAAUGGAGAAUUCAGGUACAACGUAAUCAUGGAAUUUGUAACCUACCAAAUCUGUAUGACAAAAACAACAAAGUGUUACAAUGGAAGUUUCUGCUUAUAUGCAUAAUGUUGCUUUGAAUCCGCUUGUAACCUGCUUUCGACCUCUUUUUCUAUUCUCUCUCGACGACAAAGUAAUACCCCGCCGCCCGCUGCCUUUAGAAAUUCUAGACUUGUAGAAUUUUUUCUGAACUCUACCCGCUUCUGUGUGAGUGUUGAAACACAAACAGUACACUAAACAUUUCUGAUUAUUGGUACGUAAAACUUACAGGUCACCAUGCAAAACACUUUGAAAUAUACUGAGUAAUAUGUAGGAAUGCUGCCAUAUUGUGGGGUCUUUUCUGUGAUCGAAGACAGAUGCAGUGAGUCCAGAAUUUGUUACCUGAUACUGCUGAUGCUACACUGGUAGGUGCAGUAUAGGUUAAUUUUCUUAUGAGAACAGUUAGAUAAGACUUAAACCAUUUUGAUUUACUUUUUAGAUACAUAAUAUAUAUAUCUAUAUCUUUGAAAUUAUUUUGACUUGUGUACUUCAUGAGAUUCUUACUUUAGGAAAACGAGGCUCACUGAGAGACAUGCUCCCUGUGUCACUUCUUUAUCAUUCCCGAGAUUCAUUCUGUAGUUUACAUUAGAUAUAGAGACUCCAGUGUCACCGUGAGAGAAACAAAGGCAGCUUUGUUUUUUGAUUCCCUUUUGUCUUAAGGGUCCUGCCUGGUGCGCUGUCAGGAACUGGAACAAUAAUAUAAGUUACAGAUACCUCCAUGAAAUGCCAGUCUUACAGAUACUGCUAAUCUGUCAAUAUUAUUUAUUUAUUUCUGUAUUUAAUGAAGAAACUGACUACUGUUUAUGAUAACUUAUGCUAAAUAAGAGUAUUAUUAACACCUAGAUGAUUUAUCCAGAAUUGUAUGAUUACUUCCUGUUGCCAAAACAUAAUUAAACCUGUUUAUUAAAAGUGUUUUAGAUUCAAAUGGUUGCUGUCAAAUGAAGGAUUUAAAGUUGGAAAUGCAAAGUAAACUGUAAUACUCUCCCAUCGUGCUUGUAGUUUUUACUUCAAUACAACCAUAGAGCUGCUCCAGUGCUACUCCAAUUAUCUGCUCAUGAUGUAUUCUUACAAAGUAUUUUGUAACACUUGAACCUCUCUGUGAAUAUCCUCCUUUCUCUCCUGAGGCGCCGGUCGAUCGACUGCGCUCUUUUGACUCUUUUGUAUGUAAAGUAAAACACUGAGAGCAAUACGCUGUAAGAAUCCUAAAGACGCCUUGUUUUCUAUUGUAUCAGUGUGUGUGCGUGUGUGUGUGUGUGUGUGUGCACAGUUUGUCUGAGGGCUGAGGAGGCUGAAAAAGGUCACACCUGAGGUUUAAAGCUUUUCUAAGUGAUUGUCAGGCAUGAUGAAGCCAAGCUAAAGAUGACACCCUGGUGCUCUUGACAGACGAGGACACCAAGUGUUGGAGUCCUGUCUGGGAAGGUUCGACUUUCAUGCGCAAAAAAAAAGAUAAUCACCACAAACUGCUAGCCAUGCCUUCUCUCUUUUAAAAAGCUGUGCUUUUUCUCCUCAUCCUCCUCCUUUGUUGUCAUAAUCUUGCUCUCUUUUUCGCAUUCUGAAAAAUUGGAAAGUGCAGCUACCUGUCACACUGAAUAAAAUGUGCAGCCACUGUC